ACAGCCCCACCGCCUCGGCUGGGAGGAGAGAACGAGUCCGACCAGGCUGCCGCUGCCAACGAUGCAAUGCCUCGUUUUACGGAUGAACCCAAGGUAUAGGCACUUUCUGAGUGCCGCGAUCACUUCGCAGAGGCUGCACCAUCGACAUUUACAUAGAUAAUUGCAAUACGCUACGGCAGAGAUCACCUGAAGGAGCCAGGGUGUCGGUACUAGAGGAGAAGCUGGAGAGGUGAGCCGCGAGAGCCGUAGUAACUUUAGCUUGCUACAUGCUAACUAUGGCUAGUAGUUCGAUAUUUAACAUGAAACGAGUCUCUGUCCGACCAACGCUCUGUAAUGUGGCUUUCUAAAGGAGUAAGAAACAUACUUUAGUCUUGGAUGGGUUAUCGGAGUAAUGGGCGACAUCCUAACGGUUAAUAAAACGGUAGUGAACGUGCGUCAGAGCCAGCGGGCUAACGCAGAUCAAUCAAUGAACACCGCGUUAGCCUCUGGGAACGGCAGGCUAACACUAGUUGUGCUGCCGCUGGGCCCCAUAUAUAGCGGUCUUCUGAAUUAGUAUGUGAAAGCAAUCUGCGGUAGCGAUAUAGCUACACACUCACACUAUAUGGGGAAUACUACAGCAUCAUGAAGUUUGAACCGUACUGUUUUAUAGUGCCUGCACGAGGCGGCACAUCAGCAGAAAGUAGCUAACGUUAGAGCUGCAGUCUUCCUGUCAAAACAAGCACAACGCCUCAGAUGCCCAGCAUGCCGGAAUCCAUGUCUAACAUGAAUGAAGCGCUAGUAUUUUGUUUUUACAGUUGGUCUAAGUGCAUUACUGCGAACGGACCUGGUAGAUGCCCCGUGCUUCGCUGUGUGUGUGUGUGUGUGGGGGGUCGUAUACAGUAUGGCGUAAUGCAUUUUACAAUAAGGCAAACAGAGGAAAUGUUUCAGACCUCAUUUAGAUUGAUUUAUGUCUUUUAUAGCCAUCUGUAGUGUACCUGUGGGGUGUGCUAAGCUCUUUGUGAAACUGUAGUUACCGUGUGUGUCUUUUAUCGUUUAGGAAGCAGGAGCCAUGGGUUUCUCCCUCAGCCUUCGAUGAAUCAAGCUAAGCUGGACCCACACGACUCAGCCAACCUGCGCCUGCCCACAGGGGGGGCUCCCCUGUCCCCAUCGCCCUCCCCAGCAAUGGCAGGCUUCAAGCGGGGCUAUGAUGGCAAGAUUGCUGGCCUGUAUGAUCUGGACAAGACGCUGGGCCGUGGCCACUUUGCUGUUGUGAAGCUAGCUCGGCAUGUCUUCACUGGAGAAAAAGUAGCCGUGAAGGUGAUUGACAAGACCAAACUGGACACUGUGGCUACAGGCCACCUUUUCCAGGAAGUCCGCUGCAUGAAGCUGGUCCAGCACCCCAACAUUGUGCGCCUAUAUGAAGUUAUAGAUACUCAGACAAAGCUCUACCUCAUCUUGGAGCUUGGCGAUGGAGGGGACAUGUUUGACUACAUCAUGAAACAUGAGGAGGGUCUGAAUGAAGAGCUGGCCAAAAAGUAUUUCGCCCAGAUUGUUCAUGCUAUUUCCUACUGCCAUCGUCUGCACGUGGUGCACAGGGACCUCAAGCCAGAGAAUGUGGUCUUCUUUGAGAAACAAGGACUGGUCAAGCUCACUGACUUUGGAUUCAGUAAUAAGUUCCAGCCAGGGAAAAAGCUGACAACCAGCUGUGGAUCUUUGGCAUACUCAGCACCAGAAAUACUGCUGGGCGAUGAGUAUGAUGCUCCAGCUGUAGGUAUGUAAAGAGUUUACACCAAAUGCUGGCACUGAAGAAAUGAUAUGAGUCACGCUGUUGAUUAAAGAAUGUCAGGUUUUUACACUGAAGAACUAUCAGACGGGACGUGGGCUGGCUCUAUGAUUCACUUCAUUUUUGAGAGUCUAGUGCUUCCACACAGAAAGGAUUUUGUCUGAGUUUCCGUUAUUCAUUGAUUGUUGAAAUGAUAGAUAGAUACUUAAUUCAUCUCCAAGAGAAAUAUAGAUGAUGUUUCCAUUUCUCCCUCCCUUCAAAGCACAUCUCUGUGUCAACAAACAAGACGUCUUUUUAUGAAGUCGUGUGAAAGCCCAGUGUCAGCACAGUGGAGCUAAGGCUGGCAAAGUGGGAAGCACCUGUUUCACACGGUUUCAUCUCACCUUGCUGUGACACCUUUCCUGGUAGUGUGCCCAUGGGGCCUGAACAUGUAUACACCGUGGCCUGUUUUGUAUUUAGAUAGCUUCAGUGUAGAAUGCCUGAGCUGUGUGCAUUAUGCAGGUCAGAAAUUGCUCUAAAUAUUAACGUGUGUGUUUUAGUAGCAGUAUCCUGCUAAAAGCAUUUAACACCGAUCAUUUUGUAGGUUGCCAUAGGCCAUGUGCUACAAGGUCAGCUACUAGUACUGAUGUCUGUGGGUGUCCCGUUGCACUAAAUUAACUGGCUCAUUGAUUUUCUAUGAGGGCUGACAGUGCAGACUGCAGAUUGUAUGUCCCUCCAUAACAGAUAUGAUGCCUGUCUCGUCAGAUGGCUUUAGUGAUGAGUAAAACAUGGGACUAAGUACACACCUGAAUUGGAUGAUUACUGGUGCUUACUGCUCAGCUAAGACAGUUAUCCUGCUAGUGUGUUUUGAAGAACCUGGGAGCCUCUAAAGAAACAUUUGUGUAAAUGCUCUCAAGGAAGUUGACUGAGUAUUAUUUCCUUCCCCUUUUUUAGUCAUGGCUCUCACAAACCUGACAGGUGCGGUAGAAGCCUUGAAGAACCUGUAACUCACUUUCUUUUUGAAAUUGCAUGUGCACUGGCCUUUACAAUAACACUCUUCCUAUGAACUUUGAAAUGACUUUUCAAAUUUUUUUUUACCUUGCUUCAUUGAGGAGGUAAUACACAACCACAAAACAUUCUUCAACAUCACCUCUUGAAAAUGUGAUCCUUUGUUGACACACUGUCAGGUUGACACCUGUAUAUAUGAGUGUGUGCAUUUUCACAUAGGCCUGCCACAUUUUGCUCUGAUCACCACAGAAUGAUUUUCUUAUCUUUUAGGUUUAUGUUGCCAGUUAUGGGCACAUGACUGUCUUUCAUUUGUUGUUGUUUUUGUCAUACAACUGUUUUCACCUCUGGACUUGUGCAACACACAAAGUCAAGCACACAUUGAUUCAACCCGACUUGGUGCUUGGUAUUGUCAGAGGUACCAAGUUUGAUAGUAUACUGUCACCAGAGCCCUCGGUAGUCCUGUUAGCAGUACUCUCGGCCAUCAGUGGAUCGUCUAAGGGACUGUCAUAUUUGUCUGCACUGUUGCAAGUGGUGGAGGUUUAAUCAAGUGCUUACUGUUUGCAUUUGUGGUAUUCCAGACCUCAGAACAGGUGACUUCUACUGUAAAGUGACGCUGUAUUUAUUAACUGGACCUUAAGCGUCUAAACAGCAGUGCAUAUGAAGCAGUGAAGACCAUUUAUGACACAAUUGGAAACAACAUUACUGGAUGAUUUUCAUGUGCAUGGCAGUGGAAGCAGGACAUAAUGCUAAAAUGCAGAGGUAUGAGGGCAGGGCUGUUGGCUGGCCAGUCGCCACUCGCCAAAUGCGACUAAAUACUCCCCUGGCGACUUAAUUUUGGAAGGCUACAUGCCACGGGGCAGGUAGAUGUUUGUGCAGAUCGUCAUGCAAUAAAAUAUGCAUGAUGUGUCAUAAAGCAUAGCUAUACAAUUAUAAAUAAUGACGGUAGCUAACGUUAGUGGCUAUUGAUUUGUUGUGUGUCACACUGAAGUGGGACUCUGAGCAGAACUGAUGAGACGCUGUAUAAUAGUGAAAACACGAUUCAUAUCCGCCAACACUCCCGUUUUUCCCUGGACUCUCCCGUAAUUCAGACCAAUUUCCUGCCCACCUCCCGUAUUGUCAUUUCUCCCGGGAAUCUCCCGUAGUUUGAUUGUCCACUAUCAUUCAUGAAUCGGCUCACUAUAUCUGUCCAAAGUUGCCGGGUUUAGACAACUGAAGAUAGUCCUGUGAUUUUGCUGAGCCUCACAGACACUGGACGGAUACUUUUACUUUACAAUUUCAGAUCAUACAGCUGUAAACUAUAUCUAAGCUAUAGGCCUGUCACGAUAACAAAUUUUGCUGGACGAUAAUUGUGCUACCAAUUAUCGCCGAUAAACGAUAUUAUUGACACCGUUUUUUAAAUUUUAGAUAAUGAUAUUAAAUGGCAUAAUAAUGCGAGUACAUCGUGUCAAAAGUGAUAAACUUUAAUUUUACCCACGACGAAGACGUAACGUUGACGAGCUAAACAUAAGUUGGAGAUGACUAAAAUGUGACGAGACGAAAGUGCGUUUACGUUGAUGGGACGAGACGAAAAUGACGAACAGAGUUGCAAAACUCAGUCAGUUAAACGCUAAACAUAUAGGAGCAGCUUAGGUCCGCUCUGACAGCUCUCAUCAGCCUGCUGUGCUCCUCCAACACACAGACACACACGAGCGCGCACGCAAACACGUGGAGUUUUGUGGUUGACGAAAACAAAACUGGUUUAAAGCCGAAAUAUUCCCACACUUGGGCUGUUGCGUUCGGUUUAGACACCAAAGCUGUCGUGUUCAUUCUGUUAGCUUGCUUUUCACUCACUACGCUCACUUGCAGCACUGUACCCAAAAGUCUGUGUCUGUGUGCCUGUGCGCGCCCCCCCGUGACAAAGACACUGAAUGACUGACAGGAGGGUUCACUAACUCCGUUCAUUCUGCUAUAGAGCCAACGCCCCCAGGUGCCGAGAAAAAUGCGCAGAGUGAGACCUCUUCUCUCAUCCAGCGUGUUUGGUAGCGAGAGAGGAGGAAAACAAACGCACGUUAAUUAUCGAGGCUGGCAAAAUGACCGACCUCGUUUUAAUUUAUCGAGCGAUAAGGCGAUUUAUUGAUUAUCGCGACAGGCCUACUAAGCUAUGUUUGUUGCAAAAUGAACACUUCAAUGAAAGGGUAUGAGUGUGUGUGUGGAUGCCGGCCAACAGGUUGUUCAGUGCUGAGUUAAACAUCCCAUCAGAACAUGUUGUUAAUGAUAAGACAUCUUGAGUCAUCUUAAAUAUGUAAUGUGUUUUGAGAAAACAGCCUGAGCCAAUCGUGAUGUUUUACAUCAUGUAAAACAUCACGAUAGGCUCAGGCUGUUUUUCUCAAAACUAUCCAUGUGAACACAGCAUAUGUACACUACAGGUGGGCUAAAGUUGCUAAUGUAGCUUUUGUAGUUGGUUUGAUCUUUGAGGCCAAGCUCCGCUCUUAACACACAGCAUCAACCUUCGUUCAGGUGCAAUGAUUUCUGGUUAGAAUAUUGGAUUAAUCAGAUCAAAGUUUAUUUUAAAUAAUACCUUGGCCUCUUUUCUAAUUAUAUAUUGCAAUAUGAUCCUGUUAUCUCAAUAAAAAGUAUUUAAACAGAUUUAUAUUUAACAAAAAAAGGACAUUUAUUAUUUGGCCAGUAAAAAAUGUAUUUGUCCAUUAGAUUUUUUCCUCUACCGGUCCACUUGGCAGGUGAGCCGAAAAGUUAGUCAACACCCCUGUAUAAGGGUGAUAUGAUGUCCUAAAUGAUAAUGAAAAGAGGUCAAAGCUUGCAUGAAAAACUUAAGGACAGGCUCACUUUAGCUGAUGGAAAGCCCUUAAAUUAAGAAAUCCUUCCUUAGUACAAGUAGCCAUGCAGGGUUGUCUAGCAGGGCAUGGCGUUCGCAACAAGAGUGCAUUAGAGCUGUGUCUCUAGAGAGCUGUCAGAGGGGCUCUUAAUUGCAGCCCUAAUAACUGUUGUUUGCUGCCAGACGAUGAGAUGAACAAUUAAUCCAUGCUAUUGUUUGGACUAGAGCAGGGGCUUGAUUAUUGAGUUGGUGAGGUACAAAACCCAAUUCCAUGAAAGUUGGGAAAUUGUGAUAAACGUAAAUAAAAACAGAAUACAAUGAUUUGAAAAUCCUUUUCAACCUAUAUUCAAUUGAAUACAAAACAAAGACAAGAUAUUUAAUGUUCAAAUUCAUAAACUUUUUUUUUUUUUUUUUGCAAAUAAUAACUAACUCAGAAUUUCAUGGCUGCAACACGUUGUUGGGAAAGAUGGCAAAAAAUACUGAGAAAUUUGAGGAAUGCUCAUCAAACACCUAUUUGGAACAUCCCACAGGUGAGCAGACUAAUUCGGAACAGGUGGGUGCCAUGAUUGGGUAUAAAAGCAGCUUCCUCAAAAAUUCUCAGUCAUUCACAAGCGAGGAUGGGGCGAGGUUCACCACUUUGUGAACAACUGUGUGAGCAAAUAGUUGGACAGUUUAAGAACGUUUCUCAAAGUACAAUUGCAAGGAAUUUAGGGAUUUCAACGUCUACGGUCCAUAAUAUCAUCAAAAGGUUCAAUCUGGAGAAAUCACUGCACGUAAGCGGCACGGCCGGAAACCAACAUUGAAUGCCUGUGACCUUUGAUCCCUCAGACGGCACUGUUUCAAAAACCGACAUCAAUGUGUAAAGGAUAUCACCACAUGGGCUCAGGAACACAUCAGAAAACCACUGUCAGUAAAUACAAUUUGUCGCUACAUCUGUAAGUGCAAGUUAAAACUCUACAAUGCAAAGCGAAAGACAUUUAUCAACAACAUCCAGAAAUGCAGUCGGCUUCUCUGGGCCCGAGCUCAUCUAAGAUGGACUGAUUCAAGUGGAAAAGUGUUCUGUGGUCUGACCAGUCCACAUUUUUUUCGGAAAUAGUGGACGUUGUGUCCUCCAGGCCAAAGAGGAAAAGAACCAUCUGGACUGUUAUUGAUGCAAAGCCAGCAUCUGUGAUGAUAUGGGGGUGCAUUAGUGCCCGAGGCAUGGGUAACUUACACAUCUGUGAAGGCAACAUGAAUGCUGAAAGGUACAUAAAGGUUUUGGAGCAACAUAUGCUGCCAUCCAAGCAACGUCUUUUUCAUGGACGCCCCUGCUUAUUUUAGCAAGACAAUGCCAAGCCACAUUCUGCACGUGUUACAACAGCGUGGCUUCGUAGUAAAAGAGUGCGGGUACUCGACUGGCCUGCCUGUAGUCCAGACCUGUCUUCCAUUGAAAAUGUGUGGCGUAUCAUGAGGCGUAAAAUACGACAAUAGAGACCCUGGACUGUUGAACAACUGAAGCUGUACAUCAAGCAAGAAUGGGAAAGAAUUCCACCUUCAAAGCUUCAACAAUUAGUCUCCUCAGUUCCCAAACAUUUAUUGAGUGUUUUUAAAAGGACAGGUGAUGUAACACAGUGGUAAACAUGCCCCUGUCCCAACUACUUUGGCACGUGUUGCAGCCAUGAAAUUCUGAGUUAAUGAUUAUUUGCAAAAAAAAUGUAAAGUUUAUGAGUUUGAACAUUAAAUAUCUUGUCUUUGUAGUGUAUUCAAUUGAAUGUAGGUUGAAAAUGAUUUUCAAAUCAUUGUAUUCUGUUUUUUAUUAUGUUUAUCACGAUUUCCCAACUUCAAUGGAAUUGGGUUUUGUAUCUUGCGAGUAAAGCUUACAUUGUCAAGAGAGUGGUUGGUUUCAGGAGGUCAUGUUAAAAAGAUGAACAUUUUCAUACUCAAGGUUUUUAUGAAGCAUUGCCCUUCAAUAUUUCUUUUCUCUACUAUGUGUCUGAUGAAUCAUAUCAAUUUUCUUAAGCUGUUUUAAACAACACAAAUCUCCUGCAUUACUCCCUCCCAGGAAGAGCCUUUAUGGCCUUGUUAGCUUUGUUUAUUACAAUGAGAGUGUAUCCAGCACAACAGGAGAGAUGGAGCUGUAAGAGUUACAUAAAUGUACAUGUUGUAGCUUCAGUCUUUACACCUGCUAAUCUGUCUAUCAUGGUUUCUGUUUUAAUAAGCCCCUCUCAGCUCCACAAGAGUUACAGUGGCAGCUUUUAGCAGCAGUGUGUUGAAAGUAAACCCCUGGUGUAAUACAGAGCUAACAGUUCAUUAGAACAACUACUGUGGAUAGUGGAGACUGUGUUGUGCAAAAUAAGGGGUUUGCUCAUUUGAUGAAUGACAGUUAAGGCUGGUACCCCUCUUAAUAUUAAAAGUUUUGCCGUGCAGGAGAACAAAGAUUUAUGACCCAAUGGUAGGUUAGAUCUGUGAAUGUAACACACAGACACUUGACACCAGGCCCUCCUUCUUCAUCUUUCAACUGGGUUUUGCUCUGAGCCUGAGGCUCUUUAUAAUGGCUGACCAGGAUGAAAACAUGUUCAUGUACAGGCACACAUAAACAUACACAGUCUAGUUCAGCAGUUAUCCAGUCACUCGCUGUUGCAUAACUUGGAGUCUUAGACUAACUGAUUGACUGUUUGUUGGAAUGGUAUUUGGACAAGCCGGUUUAUCAGGUAGGCUGACAUUCAGCAGCUGGAUGAAGCUUCAGAGCACAGAUCUGUUCGCCUUCUCUUAAUCCUAAAUCCUAAAUAAGGAAUUUAGAGUUACCAGUAGUGGUGGGCGAUAUGGACAGAUAAACACAUAAAGAUUAUUAAAAAAAAUAAUAAUAACAGCGAUCUGAUGACAUCCUACAAAAAAUGUUUUGUAUAUCCUACAAAAAACUUACUUUGUCAUAUGUUACGUGUGUGCUGAAUGACUCGGUGAGGGUUUGCUGAGUGUGUUGUUGUCUUUUCUUUAGUGGAAGUCGUGCUUGUGGAGUCGCAAAGUUUUACAUACUGCUGCUCAUACACCUUUGUAUGGUUUUGUUCGCAAGUGGUAGAACAGAUUUGUUGUUGAGCUGCUCUUCACGGCCACCGUUUUUUGACAUGUCUUACAGAUAAUGUUGUUUUGACCAACAUCGGUCUUGUCAAACCUGAACCAUUUCCAGGCAAGGGACAUGGACCCACGUCUCGCUGUUGAGUUACCCGCUGGGACAGGAGACUCCUGCAUAUUUUCUCCAUGUGAGAACAUGUUCUAUUUCAUCCCUUCUGACCGCCAGAGGCGGUGCUUUAAGCACUGAAUGAUUCCCUUCGCGCAUGCGCAGUUCGAGCAUUUGUACCAAAAUAGUCACGCGUGACCCCGGGAUGAACCGGCAGAGGUUAUUUAUUCCGCCGGUCACCGAGGGUUCAGUCCCUUUUUCUUUCUCGCGCGCAGGUCACAAACUUGCGAUGAGAAGCAUUUUUCUAAAAAAAAACAAAAAACCUACCUUUAAACCGUAUGUGAAGUCGCUGGUAGUCCCGUGGCCGUAGGUCGGGGUAGCGAAAAUCGCCCUCCAGGGACUGUGACUUCCUUUGAGUUGUUCCUUAUUUCUGCUGUUUAUCUCCGACUGAGCGGAGCUUCACUAACUUCGUCGAAUGCUGGGGCGUUCGCCCGUAAGGAAGGGUCGGCGUCCCCCUCUCCUCCGGACAAGGUAGGUUGCUGUCGCAUUAAGCUUGGUUAGCGGACUUUAAUUGUUUUACAAGUCACAACCUAUGCUGGUAGAGGCCGUGUGCGCACCGUUUCCCCCCUGCAUAUGGUUGAGUACCGUGAAUGUAAGCGUAACGCUGCGUAUCGGUUACUUGCUGUAGCUAAAAGUCUGCUCGUUUCGUUCUUUUGUUGAAAGAAAAAACCGAGGCCAAAGCUAGUUCUAAAAGAAGAAAGCCGGUACGCGGUGUCGCCAUCCGGCCGCAGCCGGCGCUACCGUUGUUGUAGUCGGCCUCAGUGGUGUAAGCGGUUAGACCGCUGCCCCACUCUCUUUUGUCGUACUAUCGGUCCACUAGCGCUUUUGAAUAGCUUCAUAUUUGUUUGGUGUCAUUAGUAUAACCAGUUGCGUUAGCGCCCUGGUCACUUUAAGUGCUCUUGUGCUGGAUAGCAUUAUUAUUAUUUAUUAAUUUUUUUUGUGUGGCAUUGACCAUUAUAACCAGUUGCGUUAGCGCCCUGGUCACUUUGAGUGCUCUUUUGCUGAAUAGCAUCAAUUUGUUUGCAUUGAUCAUUAAAGCCAGUCGUGUUAGCACCCUGGUCACUUAAGUGCUCUUCUGUUUGCUGAAUAGCCUUAUUUAUUUACUUAUUUACUUGCUUAUAACUGUCAGCUUAAUUGCGACUCAGUACUGGUAUAGGCAGCGUUCGCGCUCCCUCCCCCCAGUAUAAGCAACCCUCCGUCCAGCUAAAGCUAGCCUCCGCUGGCGCAGGCAGCGUUCGCGCUCCCUCCCCCAGCUCACGGCGUCUAUUGUCCGGCGGCCAGUAGCGUCAGCGCCCUGGCCUAGUUGGGACAGCUAGGUAGGAUGGAUAGCGCCCACUACUGCUCUUCAUGUCAGGUUGGCCUCCAGCCUGACGACGGACAUGACCUCUGCCCAGCCUGCCUCGGACCCGAACACCUCAGGGAGGCACUUGAAGGGGACCCCUGCAUGAACUGCAGCUACAUGCCUCGGGAGGCAAGGCUGGCCAGGCUGGCGGAGGUAGAGCCGCCACAGGGUGACGACGACCUCGCCCCAUCGGGCCAAGCAUCCACGCCCAGGACCAGGCGCUCAAAACGCCGGGCCCAUGUAGCCACUGCUGCCCCCGCUUCCAAAAGGACAUCGAGGUCUGACCGCUCCCGCCUUUCAUCAAAGGUGGAGCAGCUCUCAGCCGAGCUGGACCGCAUGAGGUCCAUGCUUCAGGCCCACCAGCCUGGGUCCCCUAAGAGGAGGCUCGGGGGCCCACUCCGCCCAUGCCACUCCUAGUUCCAGAGGAAGAUACACUCUCCCUAGCGGCAUCGGCUACUCACUUUCAUGAGUAUGGUGACCGUGAUGGCGGCGAGGGAGACGGGGUCUCCCAGGUGUCCGAUCAGGGCUCUCACUCCUCAGCUCAAACUUUGCUGCCAGAGGAGGACGGUUCCAUGCGUGCCAUCCUGCGGAUGGCCCUGGAGCAAUUAGGUCUGCCCAUACCGCAGCAGGCAGAGCCCGCCCCUGCGAGUGCCUUCUUCAGGCGCAGGCCAACCUCCACUGCAUUCGCCGUCCCGCAUGCGGAGGACUAUAUAAAGGAGCUGCAUGCCUGCUGGAGAGACUCCAGGGCUUGCUCCCGCCUCUCGGCAGACGGUCGUACCCUGGCGGCAAUGCACGACACCGCAGGGGUCGGCCUGGAUCACAUGCCGGCCAUCGAGCCCAGCAUUGCAGCCCUUAUUGUCUCCCCCGACGAGGCUCUGCGACGGGAUACUAGGUGUCCUCGCCCGCAGUGCAGGCUGACGGACGACCUGCUCAUCAGGGGCUACGAUGCGGCGGCACGUGCUGCUAGGAUCGGGAACUCCCUGUCACACCUCCUGCUUGCCCUGUCAGCGUCUCUGCAGGAGGGCUACUCUAACGGGGAACCCGUCACCUUCUGUGAUGCGGCACUUGAGGCAUUCGGCCUUAUGUCGCGAGAGCUAGGAAGGACAAUGUCCUACCUGGUACAGGCUCGACGCCAGGUCUGGCUCUCCCAGUCGGGCUUGACUGAGGCAUCCAGGAAGACGCUCCGGGCUCUCCCUGUCGAGCCAGGAGCGGUUUUUGGCCCACGUGCCCAAGAGGCGCUGGAGCAGACGAUACAGGCUGGGCAGACCAGGCAGCAGCUUCUGAGUAUGCGCCGCAUGCCACCCCCCAGCAGGCCUCCCUCUGGCAGGGGCAGGGGCCCCCCAGCCGCCUCUGGAGCCCGGCUGCCAGUAGCUCAGAAUAGAGGUCAGCGUUCUCAGCGGCCUACGCAGAGGCAGACCCGGGACUCGCGGGACUCCAGCCGCCUGCCUUCUAGGCAGUUUCGAGCCCCGGACCCUGGUGGACCCCCCGCUUCCAGGGCCCCUAGGGGCCGGGGGGGCAGACGCUGAGCCCGGGGGGCCGGCCGUCGGAUACUUUACACAGCAGCAGCUCAGAUGCUGGGCUGCUCAAGCUUCAGACCCGUGGGUUCUUACCACCUUAACCCACGGGUACAAGCUGCAGUUCCGACGCCGGCCCCCCACAGGAAGCCGGGUCAGGAUUACCAUCAUUGCCGACCCGGCAAAAGCCCUCGCUCUCGACCAGGAGCUAUCCGCCCUCCUGGCCAAGGGCGCCAUCGAGGAAGUGGACCCGCUGCUGCAUCCCAGGGGGUUCUAUUCUACAUACUUCCUCGUCACCAAAAAGACCAGCGGAUUCCUCACCUUCCUCCGCCUCUUGGGCACGCUGACGUCCGUUGCGGCCGUCGUGCCGCUGGGCCUGCUGGCGCUACGGCCCCUGCAAAGGUGGCUGAACAGUUUCCACCUAGACCCAGAGCGACACAGGCACCGGAAGAUCGUCGUGUCACGGCAGUGCUUCCUUGCCCUAGCCACAUGGAGGGACAGGGCCUACAUUGUAAGGGGUGUCCCUAUGGGGGCCGUCCCAUCCCGCAGGGAGACCGUUGCCACGGACGCCUGCCCCUUGGGCUGGGGCGCAGUGUGGCAGGGCAGGACAGUUCGGGGACAGUGGUCUGUGGCAGACCACAGCAACCAUAUCAAUGUGCUGGAGCUGAAAGCGGUGCACUUGGCCCUAAGUCACUUUCUGCCUUACUUGGCAGGCAAACAUGUUCUGGUUCGGUCGGACAAUACUUCAACCGUUUAUCACAUAAAUCAUCAGGGCGGUACAAAAUCUGCGCGGCUGCUACAGGCGUCAAGGGACCUCCUGACGUGGGCAGCCCCUCGCCUGUUGAGCCUGCGGGCCAUGCACAUACCAGGAGAGCAGAACCAGGUGGCAGACCUUCUCUCCCGCCAGAAGCCUCCAUCAGGAGAAUGGUGCCUUCACCCAGAUGUGGUGCACACCAUAUGGAGCCGCUUCGGCAGGGCAGGGGUCGAUCUUUUCGCCUCAGAGGUGUCGACCCACUGCCCGCUCUGGUUCUCCCUAGCGGAGACAACCAGCCCUCUCGGCCAAGAUGCGUUCUCCCACCCCUGGCCGAGGGCACUCCUCUACGCUUUCCCACCUCUCCCUCUAAUUCACCAAGUCCUUCAGAGAGUAGCUCAGGAGGGCCACACCGUUCUCCUGGUGGCCCCUUUCUGGCCAGGGCGAAUAUGGUUCCCCCUCCUCCACCAACUCUGCCACGGGACGCCAUGGCGCCUCCCUGCCAGGACGGACCUGCUUUCGCAGCUAGGGGGGCGGUUAUGGCAUCCGGACCCACAACGCCUCCAGCUGUGCGUUUGGCCGUUGGGGGGCCCGAGCCGCUGCUGAGUGGCUGUGUAGAGACGGUUCAACAUACCAUCUUGAACGCGAGGGCACCAUCCACCAGGCUGCAGUACGAGAACAGGUGGCAGCUGUUCUCUAACUGGUGUAGAGACCGGGGCAGGGACCCAGUUCACUGCCCGGUGCCUGCAAUCCUGGAGUUCCUGCAAGGUCUCCUUGAUAAGGGCCGGACCCCUUCGACGUUAAGAGUGUACGUGGCAGCAAUAUCCUCCCGGCACACUGGUGUCAAUAACUGCACAGUUGGGAGCCACCGUCUGGUGUCGCUCUUUCUCAGGGGGGCUCAGAGAUUAAAUCCUCCGAGAGCCCCAAGAGCACCAGCAUGGGACCUCAAUCUCGUACUGGACUCCCUAUGCAAGGCUCCUUUUGAACCCUUGUCUCGCACAGAAUUGAAGUGGUUGUCCUGCAAGACAGCCUUUCUUAUAGCCAUCACCUCGGCAAAGCGCGUCAGUGAGUUGCAUGCCCUGUCAGUGAGCGAUUCGUGUCUGAGGUGGAACCCGGACGGAUCAGGUGUCACUCUAUGGCCCAACACGGCCUUCCUACCAAAGGUACUGUCGACGGCACACCUGAACCAGCCUAUUAGGCUGGCCCAGUUUAGCCUUCCACCGGGAGAGAGGACAGACAAGCUGGAACUGCUGUGCCCGGUGCGGGCCCUCAGGGCCUAUAUCGGAGCCACUGCACGCAUUCGCCGGUCAGAUCAGCUAUUCGUGUGUUAUGGUGGCCCAAAUAAAGGCAGUGCUCUGUCAAAGCAGCGCCUGUCCCACUGGGUCGUAGACACGAUCAGCCACGCCUAUCAGGAUAGUAACCAUCCCACGCCAUCCAGGAUACGGUGCCACUCAACGAGGAGUGUCUCCACCUCAUGGGCUGCCCUUAGGGGAGUUCCCCUGGAGGAGAUCUGCUCUGCUGCCUCGUGGGCGUCAUCAGGCACGUUCGCAAGAUUCUAUAGGGUGAACGUGGCCACUCCCCACCCAUUGGGUGUGGUUCUCCUUCCAGAGUCCUCCGAUUCCGCCCUCUGAGGUUUGUAAUUGGGGUUCCUCGUGACUUUGCUGGUAUAAGUCAUUCAGUGCUUAAAGCACCGCCUCUGGCGGUCAGAAGGGAUGAAAUAGAACGAAAGUUACGUAUGUAACUAAGGUUCUAUGAAUCCCGAAUGACCGCCAGAGCACUCCGUCACUCAGAACCCUCGUGUUCUCGCGAGAAAGUUCUGUAGGGACUGAACCCUCGGUGACCGGCGGAAUAAAUAACCUCUGCCGGUUCAUCCCGGGGUCACGCGUGACUAUUUUGGUACAAAUGCUCGAACUGCGCAUGCGCGAAGGGAAUCAUUCAGUGCUUAAAGCACCGCCUCUGGCGGUCAUUCGGGAUUCAUAGAACCUUAGUUACAUACGUAACUUUCGUUUUAUUUGCCACUGAGUCACGUGACUGAAUCCUGUCCGCUGAUUAGCUUUUGAGGCACACAUUCGGUGCACAAGGACUUUUCAUGAUAGAUAUAUUGCUAGUGCCAAAUAUUCCAUGCAUCCAUCUUGAGUCAGGUCGCGGGGGCAGCAGGCAAGGCAAGGAAGCCCAGACCUUCCUCUCCCUGGCCACUUCAGCCAGCUCUACCCAGGGGACCCUGUGGCAUUCCAAGGCCAGCUGAGAGACAUAGUCUCUGCAGCGUUUCCUGGGUUUUCCCCAUGGUCUCCCGCCGGUGGGACGUGCCCUAAACUCCUCCCCAGUGAGGUGUCUGGGAGUCACCCGGAUUAGAUGCCCAAGCCAUCUCAUCUGACUCCUCUAAACAUGGAAAUUAUUCUUAACAGAUUUACCUCCCAAUUCAGCCCACAACAUUACCACCAUGAAUAUCUUGCCUUUGUGCUACUGACAUUAAUUCUGCACUUUACAUUUACCACCUAAAUGUUCUCGGUUACUCAGAUACAAUGAUGUUUCAAACUGCAGAAUCACUGUAUCAUGUUGACAUUAUCUAUUGUAUAUUGAGCAGUCAGAGUCUAGGUUGAAACACUUCCUGACUGAACACACAGGGGUUUGGGAUUUUUGGUGAGGAAUUUAAGAGAUAUGUUUUCUUCCCAGCUGUGUUUUUGCAAGUCAUACUUGAAUUCUUUAGGAAGACCUCUGAAAGCUGGUAUUUUUUAGAGACAACAAGAAGAUAAAUGUUUUUGUUAACGUUGUGAAUUCACAGCCGUGGUAUCUCCACUCAGGCCACUUUUAGACGGAAACGGUCUCCAAAGAAAACGGAAAAGUGCCGUUUCGUUUUCAGUUUUUAUGCUGUGUUUACACAAAAAUGCAAUGUGGUUGAAAACGCUGUAAUGUGCAUGCCUGGUCGCUAGGUGGCGCGUGUCGAUGUGACCGCACUCCCAUAUAGACCAACAACGCAUACGUAGAACAACUUCCGUUCUACUUCCUAGAAGCACGCAGCACAAUUUGGCGAAAAACGAUCCAAAGCUGACUGUUUUCUCACGCCUCCUCUGCUGAGCAGUAUGAUCCGUGAGCUCCUGCCCAUUCAAUAAUAAUGACAGCGCGACUCGAAUGUCUAGCAUGGUUGUUGUUAUGGCUAUGAUGUCAUAAGCGUGAGCCGACGUAAGCCAGGACGUCACAGGUUUGACUGUUUUCAGUGUUUUUGUACUUUAGACGGAAGCGGAACUAGCAGAGUGUUUACAACCUUUCCACUCUGGAGGGGGUUUUCACUUUGUUAUGUUUUCAUCUCCUGAAAAUGCAAUUGCCGUUUAAACGGACCCCCCUAAACAAAACUAAAUUUUUCUGUUUUCUAUGGAGACCGUUUCCGUCUAAAAGUGGCUUCAGUUUGCUGAAACAGCAGCUGUCUGACCAGUCAAAGAGAUUCUGUUGCCACUGGUAACUGCAGGUUGUCUUUCAAGCAGCUACAUCUGAAACGUAGGCAUUCAUUCAGUGGGAAAAUAUUUUUCCUAUGGCUGUCAGAUAAAUUAAAGUAAAAUAGUCAGACACAUUGAAAUAUAAGUCAGAGUAGUGAAUUCCAAUUCAGUGAGUUGAGUUGACAGCAUGGUCAGUGUGUAAUCAGCUGGAAGCUGUGAACAGGUGUGUGAUAUGUCACACUGAGCAUGCUGCCAUACUCUGCACUUUAUCUGUUUUCAGCCUCAAUGUGCAAUGUCUUCAUUUGGCCCACUUCCCUUCGGCUUGCCUGGUCAUCUUUUCUGUUCCUGUCUGCUCCCCCAACAGCAGUCCAGGUUGAGCUGGCAGAUGCCUGGUUUGUUCUGGAUGUGACACAUCUGCCAUUAAUACUGGCACUGAGUUGCUCUCUGGCUGCCUUUCCCUAAAGCUUAUAUCUUAGAUAAAAUAGCCAACACUGGACAGUAACUGACCAGCACUGGGUGAGCCAGUCAGACAGUGAAUCAUUUAGAGAUUAUCUUAAUUGUCAGUAGCUACGUUACAUCCGAGCCUAGGGGAUACCUGGACAAAACGUGAUGUGACCCCCACCUUUCUCACCACCCAAGAAAACCAGGGAAACAGUUCAAAAUUUGGUAAAACAGUAGAUUUAAGUAUCUUUAAAGGUGAGCAUAGGCCAAAACAACCAACAAAAGUUCUCUUAAUAAACCCUAAACUGACCUAUCAGAAGCUAAUCUUAAACAAAUGACCAAUGUCUCAUCUGAGCUCCUAAUUUUUUUAAACGAGAAAAAUAAGACAAAACAAAAAGCCACUCACUCUCACUUGUUCUACUUUUUUUUGCAUGGCAAACCCACUGGUGACCUUGUUUCACAUCCAGUGGCUUCUUUAGUACACAAAUCGCAGCAAGGGGUGUGUUGGUCACAGCCAGCCCUACUCACCUUGAAAGCUAGUUAAUUAAUGUCUGUGCAGCAGCAGGGAAAUGGGCUGGUCCAUCUCCGAUGAAAAACUCCUUGUUGUCUACAUGUAAUAAUUUACAUGUACAUAAUUUGGCUAAAAACUUCAUAAUCACAACUUAAAGACCUCUGAGAACACUUGAAGUAUUAAAAUAAAAACGAUCGGAUUGGGACUUUAUUAAUCCAUAAAAAACAAGUUGAAGUUCUGUUGAAGCAUUAUUGUGCGAUUGUUUCAAGAUCAUUUAAAAUGCUAAAGUUAAGGAUCCACCAAUAACCGGCACAGCUGACAAUAUCGGCUGAUAUUCAGCAUGUUUAACAAUAAUCAGCAUCAGACGUUUUUUCACCUGAUAGUCAAUAAAAUAAAUUAAUUUUUAAACACACUUGUACAGCUCUUACACAGCCGCCUCUCUCUGAAAUCGGCACUCUUGGCUGUAUGACAAUGUCCCACCUACAGUCCCUACUGAUUGGUUACACAGACAGCCAAUCAACACUCAAGCUUCUAGGUGCAGCUCCACAGCAAGGGAGAGAGAGAGAGAGAGAGAGAGAGAGGAGAGUGCAUCUUAUUACACAACAGUUUAAGGGAUCCCAGAUUCACAGAUUUUCACAGAGUACCAAACAAACAAACAGUGUACUGUGCUCAGUCUAAUCCCAGGUGUGUCAUCACUAAAUGUUGACAACAAAAUAUGAAUUUCUACUGUAAAUGAAUAUCAGUUGUGGAUAUCGGUUUCCUUGACUACUAAUAAUCGGUUCUGGUAUCAGCCCUGAAAAAAAAAUAUCGGUCAAUCCUUAGUUAAAAUGCAGUGAAAAAAAAGUAUUCAGAUAGUGGAUAUACCUGCUCUAAGUGGAGAUUCUUUUUCUUUAAUCAAAGUAUAUGUAAGGUGUGUUUGAGGGGGGUGCUGAGGGUUCUUGAUCAAGUAAUAUCACAGCUUGACUCCACUGUAGAGACCAAAGCAAGCAUCCAGGGAAACAUGGCUGAUUAGGAGUAAUUAUUUCUUUCAGUGAUCCAUAAUAAAUGAGAGCUGGUGCUGCUGUGUGCAAUGAGGCCCAUCACUCUGUAUCAUUGCAGGCCAGUGGAUAGGCCUAGCCUGCUGUUUGGCAUGUUAAUUGGCUGAUAGGCUUGUUAACACAUUUGCUAACUUGAACUGGUUUGUAAUGGCUAACUUUGAUGGAUGAGUUUGACAGAUAAAAUAAAGUCAUGAAGCACUGCAACACAGGUCCAUGAAAUAAUUCAUUAAAUAGUGAAAUAAUUAAACGUGUUUACAUUUAAUGAACUGGUAUUUUAAUGAAUUUAUGACACAUUUGUUUAUUCAAUUCUCUUUUUAAUUAAUUAAUGACACUUUUUAAGUAUUUAUUUAAAGUUGCAUUCAUAUGUUACAUUCUGUCUCUUUUUGUCCUCCAUACAUUUGUGGUGAAGUGAUUCAAAUGAUGGUAGGGGGGAAUCAGUUAUUCUGAAUGCUCUGUUGUCUUUCAGUUAUGAUUGAGUUGUUUAAAGGUUGAUCUUCGAGUUGUGUCGGUGUGUAAAAGUGUAAAGAAGUAUAAAAACUCAUCUUUCUUGCUCACUCACUUCCUGACUACCAUGGAAAUGAUUGCACAGAGAACAGACGUCAAAUCAACUGAUAUGUAAACAUUUGUUUUGCUCUUUGCAAUGUAAGCCGAUUUCUGCCGGUAUCAUGGUUGUGUUGAUGUAGGGUUGUCAUUUCAACCCUAAAGGUUCCUUCUUUAAUGAAGGAAACAACAGGAUGGAACUACUAUGAGCUGAUUCUUGCAGGUGUGUUUUGUGCUGGUGCUGUUAUUCUGUAACUGCUACAUGAAGUUGCUACAAACUUAAAGUCUGAAGGGAAUUUUGAGAUCUUAAAAGAUUGUGUUGAUUAAAAAUGGUUGAUGAUAAAAUCAGGGUAGUUUAUUUUCUGCUGCUCAUAAUGACCAAAGAAUAUCUGCAGCAGGUGAUUAGACCUCUUUGCUUGGUGUUAGAGUCCUGCUCACCAUGUCAGGGUUCCAGUCUGUUAUUUUAACUUGCUCACAAUUCAUCACCUCUGACUUUGAAUAUAUAUAUAUAUAUAUAUAUAUUAACUGGAAUGCUGAUGUGUUUUCAACACAGCUGCUCCAUACAAAAGUGCCUGGACCUCGAAAGUUAUUGAGAAUAAAAGUCCAAAUUCAUACAACUAUUAAAAAUUGUUCUUUUGUCCUGAUGUGAUCCAGUUCACCAACACAGCCCCUAAAAUAGAAACUGUGGCUGGUGUCAUUUCAAGCUGCUUUCUUGCUUCAUCAGACCAAAUUCCUGAAUACAGAGUAGCAGAGGAAAAGAUGCCAAGUGACAAAUCUCUCUGUUGCUAAUUAAAGCAUCAUGGUCCUGCUGUAACACACAGAGGAGGAGGGGUAAGAUGUUUAGGAGAGACCAAAAGAAAAGGGGGCUUUGGAAUUAGAAGAUCCUUACAUGGUGGUCUUGAACACCUUCGAAAGAUAGUAAACAGUAGAAAGGUAGUGAAGGUUAAAGUUUGAGUUUGUUGCUCUACUAAGAAUCUAGAGAAAUGAGAGUGUGAAUAGCUGGUGUGAAGGCUGAGAGGAUGCUGGUGAAGGGUGCCAGGAUGAAGGCUUGUGAAUCAGAAAUUCUGAAGGAAAGUGGGAAGGGAAUGCUUGCACAUACAAAGGACAAAAAGGCAGUUGUAAAUUUGAGCAUGGGUAUGGUUGAGAAAGGGAGGGGUGAAGAAAGUAGAGGAGGAAAGGAGCCAAGUUCCUGUUUCCUCUGGUGACAUUGUUUGUUUGUUGAGCCUAAGAAUAAAGAUAAUGUUAUUUUUAAUGUUUUCUACUCAUUGUGUUUGUGAAACCAGUGGAGUUGAAGCCAUUAUUAAAAAAUGAAUAGAUAUAAACCUCUUCAGGUUAUAAAUCAUGGGCCCUAAACUCUUAAAAAUGGGAAUGUAAAGUGUUAUGGUGGACUCAACAGAAGGAUUGCAAACAUAGUGUAUAUAUCGAUGUGCACCGCUACCUUAUUGUGUACCAAUGUCUAUGUGUGGACAGGUUUUCCAGAGUGCCUGAUAGAAGCACAUUUUGGUCUCUUGUUUGAGACAGAGAGUGUUACUAUAGCAACGCAUGCUGCUGCAAGUGAAGCAGGUGCGAGGUAGUACGCCUGUAGCCCCUCGGGGGUCCCUGCCUCUGCUCUCUCUGCCUCUCCAUCUCUGGCACAGACCAUACUUGGGCAAAUAUCUGCCAGUGAAGACUCAGAUUGGAGACAGUGUUGAUACAUAAAUAAUCAAGAUGACAAAACAGUGGAUUUAUGCAGAGUGAUCUGCACAAACAGUUAUUAACCCCUGAAGUUCUAAAGAUGGAGGGUUUUCAUGUGCUUUUGUCAAUGAGAAGAAAAGAAGCUGGCUUGUUACAGGUCACUCCUGUGGUUUUUCCCCACUCCACUUUGUUACAUAACUCACCUGACAUUACUGUACCAUACCUAAAUGAAGCAUAUUUUUAAACUUCUCAUUAAAAGCAAAAAGCCGUGCAGAGUCUGUGUCAUCAUCUUUGAGCUAUCAUUCUGGAAGAAUAAGAUUUCACAGAUGAAACCAUGUGAAAUGGUUUGUCUGUAAAUGCCAGUACCUGUGCUCUUUACAUGGCAGCUCACACACUCUUAGAAUAUACAUUCAGUAGUCUAUUAAGAUCUCUUAUUGUUAACCAGGUCACAAAGACAAACAUGAGUAAUAUCCUGUUCUAUUCAGUAAGUGUGUGCAGUGAAAAUGAUGGGUGAUCCCUCUGCCUGGUUUGGCCUAGUUUACUGCCAGACUUUCAGGUGCAGAAAAAGAUUUAGCACAAAGUUUUAGGGGCUUCUUUUGUAGCCAAUCUGAACUCCCAGUCGACCACUUUGUAUUUCAGGACAUGCAUUAAAAGAUGACAGAGACUCAAGAGCAAUAAGGCUGUGCAGGAAGGUGGUGGGGAACUUUUCCCACAGUUGGGAGAAGAAGGCAGAAAUAACUGAAGCACAGAGGGAGCUCAAACUUCCUCCUCAUCACUGAAUGGCAAACAAGAUGGAGAUCCAAAGAAAUGAUAAUUGCCAGAGAGAACAAUUUAUGUGUAAUAAAUCUGAUAUUGCUUACUAUAAUACAGAGUAAUUUAUUGUUGUGUUAAAAAAUACAUUAGAAGAGGACCAUGACAAAAUAAUUGCAUAUACACUGAAGCACCUGAACUCUGGAAUUAUAGGCGCGAUAUUUUAUACAAUUAAUAUACAUGAUAUACGUUUCACACAAAAAUCACUGCAGAUGCACAAGACAGUGUUAUAGUACACAUACAUGCUCAAGUCAAGAAAACAAGUGACAACACAAAAGAAAAACACUCAGGGUUUGUCUUCUCAUGGCUGUUGCAUCUACAAGGACAUAAGCCCUUUUUGUAUUGCCAGUUCAGUGUUUCCCAUAGAGAGAAUAAUGCUAUACCCGUAGCUGUGGAGGUGGGGGUAAGUAAUUUCAUAUAUUGAGAUAAGUUAUUUUGCUUUAUACAAAGUCACAACAUCCAGUCAUUUUUAAAAUGAAAAUUAGUAUACACAUGCUUUCCUCUUCCGUUGAUUUAAAUCUGUGAUUUGUUUUUUUUUCUGUUGAUCUACCCUUAUACCACAUCCACCCUUACUGCUUAUUUUCCUCUCUUUCCUCUCUGUGACCUGCCACUGCCUACUGCUUUUUUGUCUCGUCCAAUCCUCAAUACUAUUAAUUAGAAAUAUAUUUUAUAGAAAUAGUUAUAGAGCCAGUGGUCCUUGCUGUACAGGUUGUUGGUUUGACUCCCGGCCACAACCUUCUGCUGCAUGCCAUCUAUAAAUAACUAUAGAAUAAAAUGCCCAAUAACAAAAAUGGCGUCUACAAUCUUUUGCCUUAUCUUCAGUUAUCACAACAGAUGUCCUCUCAGCUAAAUGUUCCAGCCUUCUCUGCUACCACACUGUAGCUCAGGAGCUGAGCAGACACAGCCAUGCUGCAUCUUUCUUAUGCUCGUGUUGAUGGUUGGAUCAUCUUCAAACAUCAUUGUUUCUAAAAUGUACAAGGUAAAACCUGAUGCAACUUGUCUGAGAAAUUUCGGCGCUCAAAAAUGAUAAUGAGCAUGAGGGAUUGUACUCUCUAUCUUAUUCACAGCAGAUGAGCGGCCUACAGCCAUCAUGCUAAUAGAAGACAACAUGAGGCCAGAGAUGCCUGGGAAGAGAGUUGCUCUUUAUUCUGAGUAUCUGGCUCACAUCCAUAUUCAGCGACAGAAUGUUCUCAGUACACACACACACAUAUAUUAAUGUGCCGAAAUGCAUCCCUCUCUAAUCAGUAACUUGCUGAUGUGCUGUCUGCAUCAGUGCAAACAGGCUGCUGCUGGGUGCCAGGGCUCUUUUCAGCCUCUGUUGCUCUUUCUCUGCUGGCAGGAUGGGGAUAAAAAUACUCCCCCAGUAAUACAAUUAACAUUUGUAAACACACUAGAAAAAAAUAUCUCAUAACUCCUAAGAAAAAGGUUACAUACAACUUUUUCACAUACUUGAAACUUAAAGUAGUCAGUCAAUGUCGGGACUUUGUGUCUGCUGGUAAAAUGCAGUCAACAAACCAACAUGUGUACCUCCUGUCAAGGCUUGGGCGAAAAAAGCAACAUGAUUUUACAGUUUCGGUUUUUGCAGGUUUACUCCUGUUUAAUAAAGUAAACUAUGUUCCUUUAUGCUGUGCUGUUACCUUCAGACAGAGUUCUGUCUGAAGUUCUCUUAGGGUCCACAUGGAUCAGGGAUUGACCAUUGGAUUGUUCUGUUACUCAUAAAUCUAUAACAAGAAAGUAUUUCCCAUCUGCAUAAACGCACAGUAGGAAGUUCGCAUAUGGUGUUUUAUUUUGAAAUACCAGAAGACAUGCGCGGUUUUUUGUGCUUGAUUUCCUGACUUGAACGAUCUUCUCUGUGUGGAUUGACACACUUUGGAAGUGUAGAGCAGCAGAAAUAGACUCGUUGCGUAUCUUUAGCGGUGCUGCUGUUGAUACAAUGCUGCGACAGAGCUGAUUCGCGGCCUGUAUGCUUUGCUGCAUUGAUUACAAUGGAAACCUAUUUGCUGCAUGUUAUUUGACACUGCAGCCACGCUCCAAAUACGCAUCCUGUAUGUAAAAACAUACAGGAUGUGCGCGUGUGUGUAUGUGUGUGUAAAAAAAAUAUAUAUAUGUAUAUGUAUAUGUACACUGCAGGCCAAAAGUUUGGAAGCAAGGCCAUUACAGGCUGAACAGUUGGGAGUAAUUUCCAGUUUUGUUCACAAUGCUUUUUUUAAAUCCAGCAUGAGUUUUAUGUUUUUUGGGAUGUAUUUACUCCAUGAUCAGAUGUUGCUUUCAUAGACCAUUUUACCAUUUUUCUCCAUUUACCUUUAGACAUUGAUGUUAACAGACCAUUGCUAACGUCAGCAAAAGAUAAUAAGGGCUUAGUUUUAGGGUUCAAGACAUUUGCAAGAGUCACAACUUCAGUGUAAAAGCAAAAUAACAAAAACAAAUCACAGUUGGAUUAUUCACUUUUUGGCUUUUGGGAGUCUGCAUACAAAAAUCCUUAUAAAUCUCAACUGUGUUCAAACUACCACAAAAAUGGCUAGAAAGAAGCAACUGAGUAAAGAAACAAAAGUACAGAUUUGUACAUUGAGGAAAGAAGGAUACACAGAAAGAGAAAUUGCAAAACGACUAAAGGUGUUUAACAUAGGAGUCCACUACACUCUGAAGAGACUAGAGGAACCUGGAAGUUAUGAUGAUAGAAAAAGGCCAGGAAGAAAGAGGGUUAGUACAAAAGCAGAGGAUAAACGUAGCAUUGUCACUACUAAGAGAGAUUGGCGAAAAACAGCACCAUAAUAAGGGAGGAAAUCAACAUGACAAGGUAGAAACUCAUAUCUCUGACAACCGUGAAAUGACGUUUGAGAAAGGCUGGUCUGAAGGGUUGUGUAUCAGCAAAAAAACACAACUUCGUCCACAGAACAAGAAAAAGAGAUAUGAGUGGGCAAAAGCUCACAAAAAUUGGACUUAUGAUGACAAGAAACAAGUUUGCACUGUUUGGUUCAAAACACAGAGUCUAUGUCCGCAGACAAACUGGUGAACGUCUGAAAGCCCCAUGUGUUACACCCACAAUUCAGCAUGGAGGUGGUAGUUCCAUGGUAUGGGGAUGUUUUGCAGGUGAUGGAGUAGGAGAUUUGUUUGAAGUAAAGGGUAUCAUGAAGAAGGAACAGUACCACUCCAUCCUCCAGCACCAUGCUGUUCCAUCUGGACUCAGACUUGUGGCUCAUAAGUUUGUUUUGCAGCAAGACAAUGACCCUAAGCACUCUGCCAAGCUCUGUCAGGGUUACCUAGACAAAAAAGAAGAGGAAGGUGUUCUUCAAAAGAUGGUUUGGCCCCCUCAGUCUCCAGACCUUUCUCCAACUGAGCUUUUGCGGGAUGAAUUGGAUCGAUUGGUCAGAAAAAUGUGUCCCACGAAUCAGCAGUCUCUUUUUAAUGAACUUAAGAAAGCUUGGAAUGCAAUCCCUGGAACAUACCUUAAAAAACUCGCAGAACGACUGCCAGGUGUAUGCCAAGCUGUUAUUAAAGCCAUUAAAGGAGGUUACUUUAAAGAAAGCAAAGUCUAAGCAACAAUAACUCAAAUACCUAAUAAUUAUAGUCAAAAUGUCUGCUGAUAAGGUACUCUUUACACAAUAGUAAUGUUUUUUGUGUUGCAAAUUAUAUAAUUUAUGUCAGUUUCUCCUACAUGAAACCUGUUAUCCAUUUGUUCAAAACCAGUCUUUUGCUGCUUGAGGAGGAUGACACAUAUCUCACUAAAACAAUAAAAAAGAACAUGCUGGGAUACUUUGAUGAAAAAUACAGUGACGCUGUAAAGGAUGAACUCCUAGACAUGUCUUCUCUGAUGGACCCAAGGUUCCGGACAACCUAUAUUGACCCAGACAAGGUGCAACAAGUCAAAAGAAGAGCUGUCAAUGAAUUACUGCCUUUCCCCACUGUCAAAAGCUCACCACAGCUUGAUCCAGUUGUGCAGGUCCUCUUCUUGGACCAAGAAGAGAAAAGACCUCAGCAAGAUCCCAAGAGGAAAAAAAUGUUCAAGAGGUAUCAUGCACCAAUCUCUGACCAGUCAGAGGCAGUUAAAGUGGAGAUGAGCUAGCAACCUAUCUGCUAUUGCCAGAGGCAGACUCUGAUCACUGAUCCACUUCAGUAGUGGAGGAGCCACGAAGCCAACUUCUCAAGGCUUAGGAACCUGGCCAAGAAGUACCUCUCAAUCCCUGUGACAAGUGCCCCAUCUGAGAGGGCUUUCAGUGUGGGGGGAGGUGUUGUUACCUGCAGCAUGGCAUGCCUCAAGCCAGAGGCAGUGGACAGGGGCGGCAGUAGCUCAGGAGGUAGAGCGGUCGUCCAAUGACCGGAAGGUUGGCAGUUCGAUUCCCCCCUAAUCCAAGUCUGUCCGUUGUGUCCUUGGGCAAGACACUUAACCCACCUUGCUCCCAGUGUGUGUCCUCCACUGGUGUAUGAUUGUGAGUGUUGUGUGGUGGUCGGAGAGGCCGUAGGCGCAGAAUGGCAGCCACGUUUCCACCACCACCAAAGUGUGACUGUGUGAGCGAAUGAAUGAUGUAUCCAAUGUAAAGCGCUUUGAGGGUCUCUGAUAAAGCGCUAUAUGAAAUCUGAUGCAUUAUUAUUAUUAUUAUUAUUAGGCAGUGGACAGGCUGCUUUUCUUUGCCAAAAAUGUAUAAAAGUUAAGAACAACAAGCAAAGAUCUCAUGUCAUGCACCUCACUCAAAAUGCGAUGUUUGUUUUGUUCAUAUAUUCAAGGAUACAAGUGCCACUGUUUAUCUUUUAAAACAAAGUUGAACAGAAGUUUUAGGUUUACACUUUAUUAAUUUCAGUAUUGGAGUUGAUUUAUUAUUUAUUUGCUUAAAAUGUGCUAUGCUACUUUUUAGUUUACAGAAGAAUUUUAUCCAAGACAUAAAUUUUGCCUCCCAAGGAGGCUCUUUAUUUAGUUUUUUGAGAAUUCUUUACAGAGUGCAAUUUAUAUCUGUUAGAAAGAGAACUUAAUGCAAAAUUUUUAAUUUUGCCCAGAGUAAGAAGCAGUGCAUGUUCAUGCCAUAUAUUCCUGUAAAUAGUGGCAUUGUUUUAAGAUAGAGACCAUGAAAAUGUCAUUGCUAUAAUUUUUUCUUCAGAUUCAAUAUUGAGAGAAUUCCUUGUUAUUGUUCAUGAAAAUGGUGCAGCUUUCAAUGUGAAUGUAAACAAGUCUGUCUCCUCUCAAACUGUAAGUAUAUUUUUGAAACAAAAGAACAGCUGGCACUUCUAUUCCAGGAGGGAAAUAAGGGUAACUUUUGUUAAGUUCUAGAUAAAAUAAAAGCGAAACUUGUUUUGAGUUAUCUCUGUCAUUUAUACUUACUGUUUUCUUUAAAAAGUAGAGGAAAAAACUUAGAUUGAAUUUUUUGGUGAAAAUCUGAGAUUUUACUUUUAGAGCCAUAUUGCCCAGCCUGACUCCAGACUUUCACCUGGUUGUUCCUGCUCUCAUACAUGUGGAGGCCAGAUAUAGUCUGCCUUUGUCAGUUUAACUUUUCAGCCAUUUUCAUCAAUGCCAAAUCUUAAGAUUUCAGCUGAUUACUUGGACUAGCCACUAGUUACAUGAGAUGUUGCUCAUGUUAAAAACGUGAUAUGAAGCAUUACAGUCACCUGAGACGUAAUUACAGCCAGUGUUUUAGCUGUAUUUGCUUAAGUGUAGAAGAACUUUAUUGAUCCCUGAAGGGAAGUUCAGUUGUCUGUGGUCUCAUGUCUUAUGUCAUCUACUAUUGACAGAAAUAUGAAACAGUCGGAUGGCUGUUGGUACAAAAGAUCUUCUGAAUCUUUCUGUCCUGCAGUGAAGAGAGAGGAGCCGUCCACCACCAUUAGCCCUUUAGUCAGCUAAUGCCAUUUAGUGUAGUUCACUAUUCUAUACUAUUGAUACUUCUGAAAGGUACUGCAGUAUAAUUUUUCCAAUGGUUUGAAUGGUUCAGUGUGGCUGUGAUUUGAAUGGCUGAAAAAGCAGCAUCUUCAACGCUGUGAGGAUGAAAUUUAUACUUCCUUUAUCACUACAAGACUCCAGUAUCAGCAAAAACUGUCUAUGGGAGACAUGUCCCUGACAGUCGUUCAUAUUUGUGGUGUGAGCCUAUGCUUUCAAUAAGAGAGAGAGAAGAGCAAUGCCCCUGCCUCAGCAUGUUUACUACUGACAACAGGGAGGUGCUAAUGAACAGGGUCUUGUGUGUUUUUUUGCCUACAGAGCUACCUUUGAUGGCCAGCCCACUGACAUAUCAAAACCUGUGUGCAAAAGAUGCUUCAAAACUAGGGAUGUUCCCAGCAGUUAAUUUCACUGACGUUUAAACGACCAUUUUGAAACCGAAUAUUCGAAUACACGAAAAUUAAUUAACUCCCAGAAAAUAGCCCAAAUUGAGCACAUGUCAAUCUAUAUGGCCAGAUAUCAUCUGAAAUAAAAAUUAAGAGUACAUGAAAGCCAUGCUUAUAAUAUUAAAAUAUGUUACAGAAUCUUAUUUUAGCGCUAGAGAAUGACAUCAAGUACGUGAAAGAUCAAAGCAAUUAAGCUCCGCUCUGCUGCGCUCAAGCCAAGCAGCCUGCUGCGUCAUCGGCCUGCCUCACACCAUAAGACACAAUCUGCAUGACACUUGUGUGCUAUCUUUAUCUAAAUCAAAAUACUCCCAAACUUUGCUCUUUUUUCUCACUGACAUCACUCUGGCUGAUCGCAUGUGUUGAUUCUCUCUGAGGAAGUUAACCCACGAUGCCAAAAAAUUAAAAGAAGCUUUUUUUUUUUUUUCUUUUUUUCUUUUUUCCCCCCUUUUUAAUUAAAAUUUUUUUUUUGUAGAAUAAACAAACAUUAUUUACUAAACGGAUAGUAAGGACAGCCCCGUUUACACGAAUAUCCAAAUAACUGCGCACAUCCCUAUUCAAAACAGGGUUAAGCAAGGAAGGCAAUCAGACUUCAAACCUUGCCAAGCACCCUUGUGCACCUGGACCUCUCCCUGCAUCCUAAAUAACAGGCCCACUUGAAACAUGUUUAUAUUGUGACUACUGUAUCAUGCUGCAGUUAUUUGGGGGUCUCAAAUGUGUGUUAAAAACAACAGUUUCAUAGCUUGAAUAGCAUUUAGCCACUAGCUAACGUUACUUGCACCAUAUUUUAUGGUGGUUCUGUAAGGUCAGAAUGACAUAGUGUGCUGUACAUUCGCAAAUGACAACUCGCUUAUACUCACCACGGUGGGCCGCAUAUACUGAUACAAACUGAGUCAAGGUCGAGCCAUGUAAAAAAAAAAAAUCAUAUUUAAGUUGUGGCAACUUUUAGUUUGCCGUGGCAGUGUGUCACGAUCAAGGAUAUGCAGGGGAAACCCUGUAAUAGUGGUCAAAGUGAACAUAAUGCUCCUGGCUAUAUGAAAUCCUAUUUCUAAGUCACUCAUACUUUCAGUUACUCAUUUGUUUGAAGAAACUGAAAGAUGUAAUUUCAACAAUAGUAUGAAUCUUAUCUUUUAAGUUUAUGAAUUUAAGAAGAAAAAUUAAACAUUUAAUGGCCUCAAGUCUGCUAAAACAUUCAAGGCCUCUAAGGCUCAAAAGUACCAGACAGCCUUGGUAACUUUAAAUUACUGACUGAGCACACCAAACCCUCUUUAAAAGGAAAGAUGUGCUGAAUAAAGCUUCAGACAGACCAGCUGAAAGCAAAGUGCUCUUCAGACUGAGAGCAGUCAGUCACCAGCAAAGCUUGUGGAACUACACUCCACAGGAGGAGACAGUCUGCUUUUGCAACAGUCAGACUAAAAGAAAUCACUUCAAACAGAAACUCUUGUUUUUGAUGUGUGCCCUCUCUUGCACUGCCUGGCAUUAUUCUGCCCCCUCUGUAACUAUACUCAGCUUCCUUUAUCAUCAUCAUCAAGUGUUGUGUUCUCUUUCAGACCGAUUUUAUUACUAUACACUAAAAUAGCCCCAAUAUUAUAAAGGGAGCAUAGAAAAUUACUGGUUGAUUUGGUGAGGAACCUUUUUAAAGUAAAUUCUUGAAGACUAAUGUCAUGACUGUAAUGCAGGAAAUCUCUUGACUCUUUCAAACAGUUAAAGCAUCCAGUUAGGCAGAAAGAAAUACAUGCUUUAGUAAACCAAAAAAGGAUAAACAGUCUAAGUUCUCUCACUUUGAAGUGUUUAAAAAAAAGUUUUAAAGUUGCAUAAUUCUUGAAUCGCAGAUGUCAAAUCAUCUGUUGUUAAUAAUCAUGAUAUCAGUAUCAUUCAAAAUAAUUAUGAUUGUGAUUUUGGCUUUAAUCGAGCAGCCCUAGAUGUUACUGUAGUUGGUCUCAUUUGACUGUCUGCACCUGCAUCCUCUCUUCACUCUGUGUUGUCUGCCUGUUAUUGAAAGUAGCUAGAAAAUGCUCUUAAAAAGUUCUGUCUCAGUUUAGUUUCUCUCUCACACCCACUCAUGUUUUCUUUCUCCUGUCUUGCACUCUUUAUGUUUUUUUUUCCUCCAGUUGGGUAGUUAGUUACAUAAUGUUGUUUUAGAAAAGUUAUACUCCUAAAAUCUCAACAGGCAAGGCUGGUAACACUUUCGAACUUUGGCAAAGCUUACAUCAUCCUUUGGUUGAAUCUGAUAUAGUUUGUUUUUUCAAGUUUUGAUUUGAACAGAUUUAAGUGGCAUAUUUAAUAGACAGAUAGCAGACACAUGUCUUAAGAAGGGGCAGAUAUUGAUGAUAGUACAGGAACUCAUUAAAACAACAAGUUAACAUGCAAGUUACAGAAAUGAUUGAUCAUGCAAACCUAUUGUAUCUUGUUUUAUCAAUAAGUUUAUGACAGUGAUAAAUAUGUUGUUAUAUUUGUCUUACAGCAGUAUGCUAAUAAAACUCAUAUCAUUGAUAUAUCAGUCAUCAGUAUGUGUAUUGGGUGAUACUCUUGUUAAGGUAAACCUGCUGUCUUAUAGCAGGAAAGCUGUCUCUUACACAUGGUGUUCAGGUGGAGCUGCAGCAGCAGCAGGUCUGAAUAUGACAGAAAGAGAUCUUCAGCACACUUCAGCACAGCCUUCACCCACACCACUCUCUCCACUCACUUUGCCUGCAAAUGACAGUAGCGUCUGAUGAGAUGAGAAAAUGUGAGUUUGAAGGCUUGCAGACCUGAAGAGUCUGUGAGAGCUCUCACAGACUCUUCAGGUCUAUUUUAUUAUGAUUUUUAUCUUAUUUUAUUUUUUUACACAACUAAUAAUCAUCUUUUGAAAUAAUCGGUUGAGAAAUAUAGCUGUAUUGGUCAGCUAUAAAGUUUCUACUCUAAAAUCUAUAUCUAUCUUGUAAUGCCUGUAGACUAGUUGAGAUUGAACCUUCAGAGAAAGAUCCCAGUUAAUGAAAGUGACUUUGCUGGUUAAGUAACACGUCAUAGAAAGUUUAAAAAUGAAGUUCCUCUGAGCUGCUAUUUAGCUUUGGUUUGAGCUUGGCUGGUUGUGAAGGUUUCCCUCCCACUGAUUCAUACUAAUGUUCUCAUGGCUCUAUUUUGAUCUGCUGUUUAGUUGCACAUCUGUUUGAUGUAGCGAAUGAAAACUGUGUGUCAUUUUCUGCUGUUUUUUCCUGUUUACACUUGCUUUCUAUAUUUGGCAGAGCUGCUUCAGUCUGUGUGGGAACACGCUGGUUUUUAGCUGUGGGCGUGUUCAAGCUAAAAAAACAUCAAACAAAAUAAAUGAUACUGUUUCUACAACCAGGGCUGACGUUAAUGCAACUGCUGCUCAUAAUAAUAGCUGAAAUAAAACAUUGUUGAUAACUGUCUUUAUAUAAAAAUUUUUUGAUGCAAAGUCUGUUGACAAACAAUUGGAAAAAAAGAUACAUUUGUUAUUUGCUGUUUCACACACAUUCACUCCUACACAAACUUUGAGGCUUCAAGUUCAUCAUCAGUGAGACUGCAGGUUUGAUUUGAUAUUGUACAGCAGUGUCAUGCUGAGAAAUCUUUCUUCAUGUUUGUUCAAACACAUAUGAAAGAGAGGAGAUAUCAGUAUUCUGGUGUGAAGUUGGCUUGAGUUUCCACUUUCUUACAGAUGUGGUGAUGACUAUGCACCAGAAAAUAUUUGUAAGCUGUUAUCAGACCUGCUUUUCAUCAGCAAUGUCAUCACCUGCACUGAAAGCGACUGAUGUGUUUGACUGAUAUUAACUCCACAUACAAGAGACAAAAGUGAAAGAACUGCCGGUGUGUUUUGAAAGGGAGUUAGAUGCGAAGAAUUAAUGCUGAUGCAUCUUUCGUUUCAGACAAAUGUCAUCUGCUUUUGUGGUCCUGUAACAACCCGUUUGCUAAGCUUUGGCUCUGGCUCAGAGUUGCUAAUGCCUUUCACUUUAGCCUUCUCUCAGAACAGAUGCCAUCUGGAUGUCAGACACAAAACAAAAAGAUCCUCUAAAUGACCACAAAGCCUUUGCUUUGCUGGUAAAAACUAAGACAACCUAAACCUGUGGAGCACAGAUGGCAUCAGCUUCUCUUUUAUGCAUACAGUUAGUGUUCACUGUUUAUAUCUCUUUGUCAUUUUACUCCUGCUGAGUGGAUCUAAGAAAAUGCAGUUGGUUUAAAACACGCCUCAGGGUUAGUCAUCUGCUUUUCUGUACCAGGCCUGAUGGAGCAGGGACCUUGACCCUGGUGGCAGAGAUGAUCACAGAUUGAGCUGAGCCUUGUAUUGUCAUAGAAACAGUGUGCUUGAGCAGCAAUAGUGAUAACUUUUUAUUCAAAUUCAACUUUAUUUAUAUGGCACUUUUCAUACAAAAAAUGCAAUUCAAAGUGCCUCACAGGGGCAAAAAACUACAAUAACGACAAUAAAACCCGACCCUCCCACUCACACACACACAACCGCUCACAGUGUGAGAAUUUAAGAUUUAUGGCGUGACACAGAGACAUUACUUGAGGAAAGAGCUACCUCUGGGAAACAUUGGAGAUAAAAAUAGAAAUAAAAAUGGUGAAAAAAAGACUCAAACCUGAUGGACUAAAACAAAAAAAUAAUAUUAAAUGAACAGAUAAGUAAAAGCUCUUUACCAUAUAAAAAAUGGGUAAAAGAAGUAAAACCCUGUGACAGGAAUUAAGAAAAAGACUAAGAACAGAGGUAAUUAAUAAAAUAAACAGUAAGAACUUCGAUUAAAAUGAACAUUUGCAAUAAGAGAAAUAUAAAAAGGCAAUUAGUAAAAAGCCUGGUUAAAAAAGUGAGUCUUGAGCCUCUUCUUAAAAACAUCAACAGUCUCUGCGUUUAUGGCUAUGGAAUGUUAGCUGUGUUGUAAUGUCGAUUCAUGGACUGGCAGAUGUGUUUUUUUUUUAAAUUCAUAAUAUGAGCCAAUCUCUCUCCUGAUCAUCUGUUUUUAAUUUGUGGGGAUGCUUUUUCCUGCUCUCCGGAUAUUUUCUGAUAUUUUAUUACACAAAGUUGGUUUUUAAAUGAAGAAACUGUUAAUUCAGUGACCUCAAAUCAGUUCUGAUCAACCACUAUGUUCAAUCCAGCCCCUGCUCCCCAUUCUGCUCUAAUUUAACACAGCAGUGCUAAGCCUAAGACUUAUUUCUUCAAUGUUGAUACUAAAUAUAGGACUAGCUUAAUUUACAAUGUACCUGAUAGCUAACUUGAGGCCUUGCCUGUGGCUACAAGCAUUUCAGAAUCACAUGAAAGUCUUUUUCCACCCUCCCCAUCUCAGUACAAAGGUUUUCAUAGGAUCUUUGACUACCUGCCAUUUUUUUCUUGCCCAUCAUCAGGGCUUCGUUCUGCCAACGCAUUAAGUACUGAGGCCAUCUGAACUUUAGAGCUUAAUUAGAAAGUUCCUUAAAAAUCUUCAUCAUGGUAAUUACUUCAGGGCUGCCAACAUUUGACUGGAGCUGCUGUCAUGUCUUUUUCCCUCCAGCCAGAGUCACUUGGCUCUGCUUCUCAGCUGAUGAUGUUAGUAAGUUAGCACAUGUAUCCAGUCUUCUAUAGAGGAAAUACUCAAGUAUGAUUUUAGGGAAUGUCCUCCAGCAUAUGUCCUUAUGUGUGUGUGUGUGUUACAAAGAGAGAUGGCUAAUAACAAAGCUAACUGUAAUGUGCUGCGUGUGUCACACUGGAUCUUUUCAGGCCACAUGGUUUAUCCUCCGGGAGGUUCAGGUGCCAGUGACCCUGACAGAAAUUUCAAGUCUAAUGCAUCUGGACAUACAAUAUGUGUCUUGUGUGUUAAAUAAGUGAGACCACAAAUUGAAACCUUGUAAACCAUUACAUCACAGAUGUAUUGUUUCAUAAACCUAAAUGUUUUUGACAUGGUUCAUUCGUAUUACUGUUUAGUAUUUGAAACCAAAUGCAGACGCUCACGUCACUUUUGAGACACUAGGACUGCAAAUCAUGUUUUGUAAAGAAGUGAGUAAAUAAGUCUGCUCUAGCAUUAAAGCAACUCUAGCUUUUGACACCGUUUUUUCUCUGAGGCAUGUUCUUCAUGAGGCUAGUCUUAAAGGGAUAUUCUGGCGUAAAAUUAAUUUAUAGGGUCAAACACACCUUAACACCGAGUUAGACAUCCCCUCUGGAGAUGAAUGUUGCCGACUGCUUGCUUCUCUAGUUAUACCAACUUUAGUAACGGCCGUGCGAUAGCAAUACACAGCGGCCUAUGUCUCCACAAGCAAACCUCGACCAAAAAGCCACUCCAUAGCCACAAACAAUGCUCAGAAAUGCAAAUAAUGCUGUUCUGAGCAUUAUUUGUGGCUAUAGAGUGGCGUUUUGGUUGAGGUUUGUGUGUGGCUCCUUAGACCACUAUUGCUAUCCUGCGGUUGUUACUAAAGUUGGUAUAACUAGAGAAGCAAGCAGUCGGCAGCAUUCAUCUCUAGAGGGGAUGUCUAACUCAGUGUUAUGGUGUGUUUGACCCUAAAUUAAUAAAUUCUAGCUGGAAUAUCCCUUUUAAGAAAAAAAAAGGGUUUGUAAUUCAAACUCAACAGCUUUUCUAUGGUUCACAUUUUUGAGGAAUUUUGAUUUCAUUUUUUAACCUUUAUGUAACCAGGUUAGUCCUGCCGAGAUCAGACAUCUUUUUUUUGCCAAGAUAGCAGCUAAAACACUCAGAGGAGAAUUUUGCUAGUAUAGAAUUCAUUCAAACCAAAGAGCUUGUUAGAAAUGACGGUUGAAAUUCGCUCAGUGAUUGAGGCCUAAUGGAUGGCCAGUUGCUAAAAGGCUCUGGUGGCUGAUGGAUUUGUACUAGCCUCCAGAGCAGCUGACCUGUAUUCAGCCUGUGUGCUUGACUGAUUCACUCUUCACCUUCAGGAUCAUUUAAGCCAACAUACAAUGUGUCUCGGAAGAAACUGUCGAUAGUUGUGUGAAUGUGUGAAGAGUCAUAUGACAGAAAUAAAUUUCCCAGUAGAAUGUUGUAGAAACAUGUUGACAGAGAUGUUACAUCAUAAAUAAAUGGUCUGUGGAAAAGUCAUGUUGAAGAGGUUUUCAAGGGAAAACUGCUCACUGGGCUAUAACUGAAGCGCAGAAAGUAUCAUGCAGUCCGAAGUCUGUGUUCACAGUGACACACAGAGUAUCAGCUGUCUCUAUGAACCCCACAGGUUCAGAGUGUUUGAGUGGAUCAGCACAUCACAUUUUCAUUACUUGACAAACUAAUUCAAAUGGGCUUUAUUUCUCCUCUGCUCUAGCCUCUGCUGGUGUGUACCUCACAUGAACAGCAUGUCUGUGACUGUUGCAAUAGUGUUUGUGUCACUGUGUGUGUGUGGUAUGAAACACAGCUCAUGCAUGUCUUUCUGACUUCAGCACUGAGUUGGGUAUCGGUGAGAAUGGGCUGUAAUCAUUCAUGGCUAAACAGGCUGAAAUCAGAAAUACUUGACCCCUUCUUUGUACUGGUGCAUGAAAAAGUUUUACAUUUUCCAUCAGCUGAAGACAGUGAUUCCCAAUCAAACAUUUAGUGUAUGAAUGAUCAGAUGUCUUAGAAGUUGAUGAACAUUAUGUAUUUUAAACGCUGAUUUUGAUUGACCUAAGGAAACACUCAAAUCAUUUUGAUAUAGUGGAUUUGUGAUUUUUAAAAGCCUGAGUCAAAAUCAUCAAAAUCAAACAAACAUGAGAAAACAAUUGAUUUGAUAUCCAGUGAGUUUAGAAAACAUGAAACUUUAAUUAAAAAAAAAUGGAAGAUGAAACUUUUUCAUGAUAUUCAAAUAUUGUUGAAAUGCACCUUUAUGAAGCUAUUGUUGGUUGACAUGCCAUGGGAGAGGGAAAUUAGGAAGGAAAGAUGACAGGAAGGAACUUAGUGUUACUCCAGGACACUCCCAUUACUCUUUGUACUGUUGAUAAAACAACUCUGCACGCACAUCCUACUCCCCUCAAUUGUCCUAGCUUUCAUUCAUGGCAUCUUUUCCAUCCGUGUCAUGCUUUCUUUAGAUGAAAGAAAAACAUAACAGGGAAGAAGCCGUGAAGAAAAUCACAUUUAGAAAAUGAGAAAAUUCCUGCUCAGGCAUGAUAUAGACUGACAGCAAUUAGUGAUAAUAUCUACACAGAAGGAUCAGCUGUCAGUUAGCUCUAAGUUCUCCACAGCAUCGACCGUUGCCUCAGGAUUACAUGCUCUCACAGAUGAUAUAAUCUAUGGACAAAUCUGGGUCUGAGAGUACAGUCACUUAACUUUUGUGUUAACUUCUAUGUUUUUUUUUUUUUUAUUGAAUCACACUAAUUCAUGUUAUCUGUUGACUGACUAGCCAUAUCUGUAGUUUUUCAAUAUGGUUCAGUCAUGUACUCUGUCAUUUAAAGGUUAAUUCAUGGCAGUACACAUGAAUUUUGAGUGCUUUGUUUCCUUUGUCUCAGAUAUCUGGAGUCUCGGUGUGAUCCUGUUCAUGUUGGUAUGUGGCCAGCCACCCUUUCAGGAGGCUAACGACAGCGAGACCCUCACCAUGAUCAUGGACUGUAAAUACACUGUACCAGCCCACGUCUCCAGCGCCUGCAAAGAGUGAGUAAUACAUGCACAGAGCUCAAUCAAAGGACUGCUGAACUGCUUUCUCUGCUCUGUUGUCGAUGGAUUCUGUAGGAAACAAAUUAGAGACACUCAAAGAAAUGUAGUGGACUGGAGAAGAAGGAACAAUACAGGAUCAGAUUAUUGUGUGUGUCAUCUGGUUUCCCUCGCAGUUCCUUUGUUGUUUGCUUCCAGUCCUAGACUUUUUCUUUCUGCUUCCCGGUCCACCAUGUCCCAUAUGUAUUGGUUGGUUCAGUUUUCCAGUUUCCUCCCUUUUACAUAAUGUAUAUGUGCUUUGGCAAACAGCCAAUCACAUCCAACUCCAACUACACUAUCAGGGUAACUAGGCAACACUUUACCAGAUUUGUCCUACUGCCACUCAAUGCUAUGCAUCCACUGCUCAGUAAAAGAUCCAUCUCAGCAUCAUAGAACAGAGUGAAAAACACAAUCAAACAAGCUUAAAAGCAGCUUCAUAUAUUUCAUAUUCUUUUCUCACACAGUGGAAUGUCGUGUUUUCUGUUUAGAUUUAUGUGAAUUUGGCCCAGAGUUCAGAAAACCAGAAAUUUAGUAUCUCAGAAUUCAUGACACCAUUUUUAAAUGCAACACUUGUCUGCAACUUUUGACAACAAAUUACUGCAUGAGUGUGGCACAACAUGAAGGCAGUCAAUAGGCCCUGCUGGAAAAGGAAAUUGCCAUAAAGCUUGUCAACAGAUGGAAGUAUAAAGUGCUCUAAAAUGCAGUGACUGUGGACAAGGAAGGGGGAUCAACAACUGUGUCCAUUAAAUACUCGGUUUAGAAAUGUUCUCAACCUGGAAAUCAAUCAUAUCUGAGCUUAUUGAGUCUGAUGGGUUCUAUAAAGGCACAUCAUACUUUGAGCAAAGCCGUGUCAUGUUUGAACAGCAGACAGGUAUAAAAGCUCCAGUAGCUCAUUAUCAAUUCGCCUCUGAGUCUUGGGCGGAGACAGCGCUGCUCUAUACACUCCUCUUCACAAGGGAUGGGUGUCAUUAGGAUUUAUCUGAAUCCGAUUCCUGCUUAGCUUAUUGAAUCCAAUUCCUAAUGAUUACUUAUUUCAGUUCCAAACAGGUGAAAAAUUGGAAGCUAAAGUGCAUUCAGUCAGAGAUGAUUCUGAUAAAAUGCUUCUAAUGUUUCUCUUCUGUCGUUUUGUCCCUUUUCACCGAAGUGAACAGAAGAACUUUAUUAAUCCCCAAAGGCAAAUUCAAUUGUCUGUUGUCUCACUUGACAUGUCUCUAAAAGUUAUCUACUAUUUACAGGGUUACUCUCUCAGUGGGGGGCUCUGUUGGGGCAGCUGCGGGGGGUGAUUGCACUGGGGCUCGAUGUCUCACGGCGCAAGAAAUAAACACUGCACAGUCCUGAAUUUCAAUGCCGUGCAGUCUUAAAUGUUUCAUGAGGUUGGAAGUGCAGCCUGUCUUGCAGCUUAUUAACUCAUGUCUUUUGCAUUUUUCCUGUUCAUCACUGCUCCUUCUUACGAAAUGAAGCCACACCUUUGACUGCUUUCCUUGGUCCAUCUUCCAUCACUAGCGCUGCCGCCGCUAGCUCCUGCUGCUAGCUCCUUUGACUGCUGUGUUAACAACGUGCAGCGUCGCAUGACAUAGUGGACAGACAUAUAACUGACAGGUCCUGGCAGACAUCUAAAUCUGUAAGCAGCCGCUCUGUAAAUGAGCGCAUCCGGGAACUGAUAAGCAGAACCGAAACUAUUACUUUUUUUAGGGGAACCCGGUACUCACUAAAUUCAAUUUGAUCCCUACAUGGAACCGAAUUUCGAUACCCAACCCUCCUCUUCAUGCUAGCUUGCUCUUAACAGUGCCAUUGCAGCAGAAGUAGCAGCUGACAUAGGAGCUAUUCAGCUCUCAGACACUAAUGUCUUUGGGGGCAUGAUGGAAGCUAAUAUCACAGUUCGCUUUCUAAUAAGCAUUGCAAUCCGCUCACUUGUCCCGCCAUCACCUCUCUACUUCUCAGGGUCUGACCUGCAGAGCGGGGCGCGGAGGUGGUGCAUAGAUUUGUGGAGUAGAAAAUCCCAUUGUGGUUGUACUUGCCAUUUGGGUGGGUUUGAAUACAGAAAUACUCAAAUUAUUAUUUUUUUUAUUUUCUCAUGAUAUAAAAUCAGAAAAAUGCCAUAUAAACAUGUAGACAACAAAAAAAAAACAAACAGAUUUUUAACAAAGUGGGUCUCUAACAUAAUGUACCAGAUGGCUAUUGUUGAACUGAAAAACUUUCUGUAUGAAAUAUGCAUGGUACACACACACACAUUUUUAUAUUUAUAUUAUUUUAUAUAUGUGUAUAUAUAUAUAUAUAUAUAUAUAUAUAUAUAUAUAUAUACACUAAGCAUGUAUUUAGCUGUAGCUUCAUUCCAUUUCUGAAUUAUCCAUGUUGUGCAGAGACAGGCUCACAGCAGCAGCCUCCCUAAUUUAUUCCAGGCCCUGCAGACCAGUUUGGUCCAGUGACAGACUAAAGCCCCUCAAGCAGUUUGAGCAGCUCAGCUGCAGAGUAGGACAGUCCAAUUAAAGUCCAACAUGAAGAUACGUUUUGCAAUAACAGGUUUAGCAGUAAAACACACAAAUCAGUACUUGCAUAAUUGCUUGUGUGUUUGUAAAUUGAUGCUUUUAAUUUUGUAUUAAUUUAUUUUGUCAAAAUGUAAGUCAUGAUGCAAUGUAGAAUUUUUUUGGCUGGAAUACAUGUGGAAAAUAUUUUUUCCCAGUCUGUUUCCCUGGCUCCUUUUUUUCUUCAGGUAAAUGUUUGCCUGAUCAUGCUGGUUAAGUGAUACAUCCAUGGGGAUCCAGCGAGGUAUGCCUAAACUCUCAUGUUUUUUAGAAUCUUCCGAAACACAGUGGUUGGGAUCUGUGUGCAAAGUAAAAGAACCAGAGCCAUGGUGCUCACCAUGAUGUGAGGGCCAAGACUUUGUUUCCACUUUGACUGCACAUCAGUGUAUUUUUAGACACAGGAAAUAAACGCUUAUCUCCUCUGAGUCGAAGGAGGGAUCUGACUAGAUUGAAGUGUUAGGCUGAAGCAGCUGUGAGCAAUGCUGAUGAGCAGUGCCUCAGAGCAGAAGAGCCAUUUGUCACAUGCUGUGUCCCAAGCUUAUGUUUUUACCACAACAGAGACUCGUGCGCCAUCCACCCAUUUCACAGUUUAGAGUUUACAACCAGCAUCUGCUGCAUGACUUCUCCAGAGAAGGAUGUGUGGAGCUUACCAAGUUCUCUUUACAUUGCCAAUCAGGGAAAUACUUUAACAAGACCCAGGCAGGGUAAACCCUAUCAAAGUUCUAUGUUCAGGGGGUGGUCAUACACUACAAAGGGGUGAAAUGACUGGACCUCAAAACAGGAGCCAGAAAUGUUGCUGGAACACACGCAAUAGAUCCAGAGCAUCUCCAAAGUUUUUGGGUUGAAGCUGUGAUCAGAAAAUAUUUGUCAGUUAGGAAAAAAGGAAACAGUCAGGCCACAACUUUAAGUAGCAAGAUAAUAGACUAUGGUGAGGGGACUUGUACAUUACCCCUCCAGUCCACCUGCCAGUCCAGGCACCUUGAAACUUCAUGUCACACGUACGCAGUACACACUAACGGAGCACCAUGCAAGAUUACUGAUCAACUUCAAAAGGAGACCUUUUGGUUGGAGAAGACCCAAUCCACUUCUGAGCCGUAGCCAGGCCCAGGGCUGGGCGACAUGACAAAAAACAAAUAUCACAGUGUUUUUUUAAACCAAUCCAACCAAUCCAAUCCUGGUAUCAGGUAUGGCCAGAUACUGUCUGUUCAGCCCCUGUCGAGGGGUGUUUCUCAGGCUUAAGGACAUUAGAGACCGGGCCCACUUCCUCCACCCCACCCCAUGAAAAUAAUCAUUCAAAGAUAAUAAUCAUUACCACAGUGGCCACACAUAACGUGUUAGACUUGUAGUAAGAGCCACCCCUCCAUAUUACCUCAGUAGAUCAGCAGGGACAGCACAGCAGCAAAGCAUUGUGGGAGAGUCUAAACUUGAUAAUCCAAGUGAGGGAAGGGAUCCAGGUAUUACACAAGCUGAAGUGUUAAAAGAGUAAAAACACCUCAGAGCUAAACACCAGUGCAACUUUGAUGCCAUUGUCUGAUUGAUUAAUUAAAUUUGGUUAAGAAGAGAAAAUAUUUCUUUGAUUAAAAUGUUAGUGUAAUUAAAAACUAUGACACAGUCAGUCAGAAUAUGUUUAUUUGUGUCAUUCUGGGCGAUAAAGUUAGAAAAGCCAGAUAUUCCCUGAUGUAAAGGAAAAUAGGUUGUUAACUCCAUGCUCAUAUUGGAUCGAUUUAUUAUCAGUAUCGAUACCAAAACCCAGGUAUCAGUAUAAGUAUUGGGGCCCAAAAACAGAGACUAGUGUGUCCCUAAAAAUAGUGCCAGUCUGAUGAUUCCAGUGGACGUCUUAAUAACACAAUGACCAGAAAGAUUCAGUUUAUCCCUCCAGAACAGCAUGUUUCUUCAUUUUCUGUCAUUCCUAUUAUCACAAAGACCAAACAUGUAACCUUCUGGUCUGUAUUUGCGUUAAACACAUUACUGACACUGAGGUUUCAGAAAUGAGAUGCAGUCAGUUCAUCCCCGACUGAUUUUUACCACUUGAACUCAGAAAAGAGCUGUGCCUGCUUUGGUGUUGGUGGGAUUCCUCACACAGGAGGACACACUGUGUUGAGUGUGUGUGGACUCUUGUGAGCCUGUACUGUACAGCCUCUCUUUAUUGAUCCCCAGAGGACAAGUGAGAGAGGGAAAGGACAAUGGACAGCUAUUUGUAGAGAAGCAAGUGUUUGUCAGAUUACCACAUAGAGUGGGAGCUGAAGAGGCCAUCCCUUUGUGUUCAUGCUGUACCAUCAGUGGGCUGUCGGAUCACUUCGGAGGCGCUAAUAGUGUGUUGCACUUUGUGUACGAGAACUGCCUCAACUGAAGGUUUUUUCCUCACCAAGGGGUUGUAGCCUGAAGAUGUUAGUCCACUUACCAGUGCACACACACAUUCAUUAAAAUGACCAUGGUUAGGGAUGCAGCUGAUCAGUGUAUUUGUUCUGUCUGGCUUCUUCGUUCAAGUUUCAAAGAUUGUGCUGCUGGGGCGGCGAAUGCCACAUUGAACGCCACAUCCUCUGCUCAGCAUCCUGUGUCUGAUGAGUUGCAGCUGAAUAAGAUCAUUUUCAAUUUUGAUUUUCAGGCUGCACUUUUAACUGUUGCUAUUAACACAGUUUAAACUGUGCAUUUAAGACACUAUUUCAAGAGCUAGAAACAUCAUUGUGUUGCUCUCCUCUGAAGCUUGGGCAUAGCCCUUCCCCUCAAACAGCUCUAACUUUAUCUUCAUCAUCAUCAGCUCAGAUCAACGAGAAACAAAUUUCGGUUGAAGUGGAAUUUACUUAUGCUCAACACUUGGUUCAAAAGCAGAACAAACUAUGAGGAAGCAACAGGAAAAGAGAGGAGAGAUGUGAGCAGGGAGAGGAGCUGGUGGAGAAGGAGAGGAGAGCAGGGAGAGGAGCUGGAGGAGAAGGAGAGGAGAGCAGGGAGAGGAGCUGGUGGAGAACGAGAGGAGAGCAGAGAGAGGAGCUGGAGGAGAAGGAGAGGAGAGCAGGGAGAGGAGGAGGAGAGACAAAAUCAGGGAGAGGAGGGAAAGAGAGGAGGAUGGGAGAUAAGGGAGAGGAGCAGGAGGUGGAGAGAAGAGAGCGGGGAGAAGAGAGGAGAGUAGGGAGAGGGGUUUUUGCAUUUGCUGAGAGUUGCUGUGAUGACGCUCGGCUCAAACAGCGUGUCCCCCGGUUGAGCUAUGCAAUCUUCGUUCUCCCAGGCUGUAUCAGGUGUCAAUCAUAGAAAACAUGAACCCCCUAUUAACUUUUAAAAAUGGAGCUGCACAGAAAAAAGAGGACUUAACAAACCAGUCUUUCAAUAACUAUAUGUCAACAUCCCAACCAGGGGGGAGAAAAAUUUAUAUUCUGUGUAAUAAAUUUCUAAAGUUUGUCCACAGCUCCAUAGAGAUGGCUUGAGGAGGCGGGAUUUAUAACCUAUACUGCAGCCUAUCACCGGAGGGUGCAGUUCUUGCGGUGGCUUCACCCAGCGAGAAGGCAAAUGGCGUCCAUUCCAUAUACAGUUUAUGGUGCUGAUAGGCUAAAAACUGCUGGGCUAAAAGCAAGAGGCAUCUCUCUAAAUUAUGAACAAAUAUGUACAUGUCUUACUGUUAUGAAGGAGGUUAACACAUGGAAACGUCUGAAUGAUUAGUUUGAUCUGUAGCCUGUGAUCAAAUGUAUUUUAGGAGUCAAAAUAUGCGCUUCACAGAGGUGCGUGUGCAUGUGUUUAAACGGCUCCGGCAACGUGGCAGUGUUUGCCGGCGGGGUUAUUAAAUAGGCCUAUUCACUAUAAAGGCAUAUCGAAUUAAUUUUAUUUUAUUUACUUCUUAACCUUUUAGUAAAAUCUGUCUGCUUGUACUUAAUAACAGGUUGAGGUUUGUUUACUAAUUAUUUUGAGACACACAUUUGCUGCACUGCAAAUCUGCACUUAAACUUGCGUUCACGAUGUGAGACUUGUCGUGAGAUUUGAUUGUAUUGUAUGCUCAUGUCCGAAUUGAUAAAUGCCGAUCCUUGAGUGGAAAUGGUCGUACAGACAGUUUUCUGCUGUAUAUUCAUCUAAAAAUGAGGGCCUUUGUGCCUUUUAAAGAAUUAAGCACUUGCUAAGUUUGAAAUUGCAUAAAAGCACUUGAUGCAGAUGUCAAAUCAUGGAUAAUCAUUUUUAUUAAUUGUGACAUAAUAUCAGUCCAAAAAAAUGGUGAGUUUGAGUUUUGUCAGAGUUGAGCAGCCCUACAAUCACAUGAGGGAUUCUCAAGUCCGUGUGAAUGCAGUCUUUGUCUCUGAUAGAUUGAAAUCUGUGAUAGAGUCUGCGUGGUUAUUGAACCAACAAACCUGUUUGUUCUGAGUGUGCCAUCAUUAUGCAGGCCUUCCAUGCUGCUGCCUCCAGCUUCUCUGCACUGCUCCUGCUGCUGGUUGUGGUCCUCAGGGAGUCAGGCUUGCUCUGACUAAUCCCCAGCAUGACUGUCACUCUGCAGAGCAGCGUUCUGCCCAGCCUGUUAGUCUGUAACAGUCAUACCUUAGUCUGCUCACACUUAGCACAAACACACCAGGGGAUUGGAUUGGAAAAAAUGGAUCUUGAAGAGCCAACACUAAAUGUACUGACUUGGUUUCUCACUUCAGUUUUUAUGUGUGUACAUGUUAAUGGAUGAGGGUUAUUUGGUGUAGCUCAUAAUCAUAAAAAGUGAAGGAAGGCUUUUUAAUAUAGCCUGCUCAUUAGUAUUGUGGAUCCUUGAAUUCCACAAAGACAGAACCAGCCUUGAUGAUUGAACUUUUUGUGAACAGGCAAGUGUCUUAAUAUAGAAACAGUCAUUUGAUUUGAUUUUUUGAGCCAUCUAUCCUCAGUCAUUUCUCACAGGGCAUUUUCCCUUUUAAGUUUAUCAUGCAGUCUGUCAUACUUAACACAGCAUCAUCAAUAUUUGUCACACACACACACACACCGCAGUCCAAGCUCAGUGAAAAGCUUAAACGCAUCAGAAAGUGGAUCUGUCACAGGACGUUUAAGCUGCUGUCUCUUUCUUCCUCCAUUGUUUUUCUUGGUUUAUUUAAUCAUUUCCGCUUCUAUGCUAAAAAAUCGAUUUAUUGUGGAUUUGGUCUGACUGAAACUGGAUUUAUAAAACUAAGUCUAACAGAAAUCGCACGACAUUGAACUUCUCAUAGUCGGACUGACACAGUGAGGUUGGGGAUUGAUUUUCUCUGUCACGCAUUUGGCUCAAUCAAACUCAAACUCAAACUGGUCUGAAUGUUCUGAGUCCGCUCAAGUGUUUGCACACCAAAUUUUGAGCUGGAAGUUGCACAGCACAAAGCAUUGCAGUAAAGACUACCUCAACCGACAAAGAUACAAAAAGAAAAAGAUACUUUCCUUUUGUACAAACAAACAGUACAGAACUGUAAAAGGGACAUCCUUUUAGCCUCUUGCUAAUGUGUUUUGUAUAGGGCUGCAGCUAUCGAUUAUUUUAGUAAUCGAGUACUCUAUCGAUUAAUCUGUCGAUUAAUCGAGUAAUCGGAUAAGAAAUGUUUUGCUCUCACUGUAAUACUUUGCAUUGAAUCACGUUUGCCUCAUUAAAAACCAUCAGUAACACACAAAACUGAAAUAGGCCAGGUCUUUCAAAUGAAUAUUUUUACUGCAUAAAUCAGGAACCAAAAGUUUUAAAUUUUACCACGUAGUUCACAUGAAACUACUGAAGGCAAGGUCUGCAGAUGUUCUUUUAAUUGCUAUGGUAAUGAUCUUUGCAGUUUUCACUAAACCAGUCACAACUAUUUCCAGGCUUUGGAUCUAAUUUUACUUGUUUAAUUAAUAGGCUGAAAUAAUAUAAUUCUUGGAUACUAACAUAAUUUGACAAGCAAAUGUACAUUUAUUCAAUAUAUAAAAGUGUUACAUUUUUAUUUACAUGUUGUUGUGUGUUGGUCAUUUUGCAGCCCUCUGCUGCUCAUCACACGCCUAGCAGGUGGUGUAUAGCAUUAUCACCAUGGAUACACGGAUGUUUGUGUGAUUUUUUUCAUCCACUGCCGCCCGGUUUGUGUCGUGUAGAUGUUGAUUAUGAAAACACUUCGCAAUAAUUUGGAAACGUGAAGGGGGAGCUGCUGCUGCCCGGUGUUUACGGUAAAUAGACGCAAACACCGACCAAGUGGACGCUUCGGUCUCCGAUAACGCCUAGACAAAUUUACAAACAGCCACUAUUUCAAACAACUGGGCUCAUAAUCGUGAUGUAAACACUUACUUUCUCGCUAGAAAAAAUAUUAUUAUUGAAUGAAUUUAUAUAAUUUGUCCGGGAUGCAGUCGUUCUGUGUAGCUUGUGGUAGGACUAUUUAAAUUUUCCCGGCGCUGCGUCCGGCCGGCACGAAAUGCAUUCUGGGGUAUUUAGUAUGUAUGUGUGUAAACGCUCGGGCAGCCGCGGCAUACUCAAAUCAUCUUUGAGUAGUCAGUAGGCAGUAGCUACUGCUUGAGUAGGUAAGUAGAUAGCAGGCAGUAUGCAGCUUCUGUCUGUCCUCGUUUCCCUCCAUGAUUGAACCAAACGCGCGGCAGCGGAAGGAGCGGAAAGAGCACGCUUCUGCGCAACAGAAAUAACCGUCCGUGUCAAACACCGUGCGCUGCACAUGGUUCCGGAUUUAAACGAUUCCUCGAGGCAUAUAAUUUGCCUCGAGGAAUUUUAUUAAUCGAGUUACUCAAGUUACUCGAGUAAUCGUUUCAGCCCUAGUUUUGUAUUUAUGAUAAUGUUGAGCAGGUCGACCAAGUAGUAAUGAGCUGAGGGGGGUUGUGGCCACCUACUGAAGCAGAGGUGGAUGAGCUUCUGUCAAUAAUUCCAUUCUUGCCUGGUGCUUAUGAACUGGGACAAGGACAGAAGUGAAAUUAGAAGUAUGAGCACUUAAGAUCCACUUAACAGUGCAUGUAAACAAACUGACCAUGAAGAAAACAAAGGCAGGCAUAAGAAAGACAGAGAGAGACCACACAUGUUCUCUGUUCAGACAAGGACCAUCAUGACAUUCAGCAGAAUCACUUCUGAACCACACAGUGGUCAGUCACUUUAUAUGACAUGACGAAAUGUUUUGUUUCCAUCCACUGUGAUUGACUUUGGGAACAGCACUGUCAGCAGCCCCACAGGAGAGACAGAUGCUCUGAGGGGCACCAGGCUACUCUCACUGGAUAUAAGAAAGGCACAUCUCUUGAUGACUGUGUGGAAGGAAGUUAACAGGAGUCUAAAACAAAACAUCCAGUUUGUCCACACAGAUAUGUCCAAAGAGCACCUGUUUGCCAUUUAUAGAACAAUCACAUGAUGAACAGUUAAAGAUAUGUCACUGAGUCAAACUCAUUGAAUUAGAAUAACAGUACAAUACUUACUCUCUCUAUAGACUCUAUAGACUACAGUCAGAUUCUCUACAUCACAUGGGCCCAUACAUCAGAUCAGUUAUUGAAUCUGGUUAACUUUUAUCAUUUUCAAAAAAAAAUCUGGAACAUUUACAUCCAACAACAUUUAGGGUUUCAUGAAAUCCAGAAGGAUGUGUCUGCCCUUUCACUGUCAUGAUUGAUUUGAACUUUGGUACAUGUACUCAGUAUUGCAGUACAGGUUAAACAAUCUCUUGUGUUGCUCAGGCCACCUCUGAUCUUUCUAAUUUGUGAAGUCCUGAUGCUUUACUAACUGUCUGUGCAGCAGCAGGUAUUCAGAGAUGUUGAAUCGGUUGUACUGUGUGUUAUUCAAAAGGAACCUCUGAAAAUGUCGAGUGAAGCGACUUCAAGACCUCUAAUUUUGCACAGCUGCUUCGUUUGAUUGACAUUGAACAAAAAAGUGUUCAUCUGUUUUGCACCCAAGGAAAUAUUCAGACUCUAACAUUGGAAGAAGCUAAAGGGACAAUUCAGCGCUGGUGGAGGAGCAGUGGUGUAAAGGAGUGAAGAUGUGUACACGUCAUGUGUUAUAUCUAUUGUUAUGUGGAUCAAAAAAAAAAUUGAAAAGGUUAUCUUUACCUUUAUCACUUGUUUGCCAAAUGCAUGUACAGCUCUCAUGGAAGAAAGAGCAGGAUAAAUGUCGAGUGAGCACAUGUUCGGACACUCUCACCUGAGAAACUUUUUUAACAAGUGAGAGAUAGUCAUUGAGUUUCAUUGAAAUCAAUUGUGUGUUGUCUCAGUCUGAUAGAUCGAAUGCUUCAGAGGGAUCCCAAGCGACGGGCCUCCCUAGAAGAGAUUGAGACCCAUGCCUGGCUGCAAGGAGUUGACCCGUCCCCAGCCACCAAGUACAACACUCCCCUGGUGUCCCACAAGAAUCUAUCAGAGGAGGAACACAACAGCAUCAUCCAGCGCAUGGUACUCGGAGACAUUGCUGACCGAGAGGCCAUAGUCGAGUAAGUUUUAGUCUCUGUCUCCAUCGCUCUUUUUUUUGAUUUGAUGAUAUUAUCUGUUUCAUAGCACUGAGCACUCCCCAUAAUAAUAAUAAUGUAAUAAUACAGAGACGUAUUUUGCUCAUCAACAGAAUCAUAUAGUGAAAUGUUCUUCCCGCGUCAACAUGAUACUGUAUUUGAAAUGAAAUCACUGAAUGAAAUAAAUCUAGUUAUUCAGCUAUGAAAAUUGCUAACUCAUCCAUUUAUCAGUGACAUGCUUGUUUCAUCUUAUGCCUUCAUAAAAUAUGAGUGAACCUCCCUGAACUUUCAAGAGAGGAAACAUGUAAAAACACAUGCACACUUCCUAGAGCGAGCUGACAAACUUGAACUGAGAGGAAGAGCUCCUCUUCUCCCUGCAGCCAUGAGAGAAGGCCAGUGUGCAGCUACGUGCUGAGAAAAAGCAAAUGAAAGAGAGACUGACAGCUGGAAAACUCCCAGUCAUGGUUUCUAGUUCACACUUGUUCCUCUUAACCUGGUUUCACAUUCACCUUUAUCUGUCUUUAUUGGAUCUAAACACACACACUCAACACUUGGAGCACUGCUAUUUUCCGUUAGCGCCUUUCACACCUCUCCCCUCGCUUCCUGUCAGCACUACAAUACCACUACAUGUCCUCCAUUAUUUCUCUGCACACGUGUGUGUGUGUGUGUGUGUGUGUGUGUGUGUGUGUGUGUGUGUGUGUGUGUGUGUGUGUGUGUGUGUGUGUGUGUGUGUGUGUGUGUGUGUGUGUGGGGUGGGGUGGGGUGGGGGUUGUCUUUGUGUGGGCUUGUACGCUGACAGAUGGCCAUACAUGUGUGCCUCCUAUGUAGAUGCUAUGAUCCAUUAAGCUCAUUAGAUAAAAGCAGGGAGAGCAGUAAGGAGUUCUGUCUGUUAUGUCAGAGUGUGUUUAGUGCUGUACAUAUAAAAGAAAAAGAAAGUCCCUCUGACGCAGUAACAUUUGGCAUUUUCUUCAUUCAAAUGUUCAAACUUGAAGUGUUAAGAGUGACCCAUCAGUAAUUUGUGUGAGUGGGCCUGCUCAGCCUCUGGGGUAAGGAGGUCUGGAGCUUUUCUAGUCUAUAUACUGUGGUUAGGUAACAAACGUCUCAGACAUUCUACCACAUCCAUUGCCUGUUACAACAACCUGCAGGACAGGUCUUGUUUGUAAGUUGUGGGAGGAACAGCUCUGUUAAGUUUUAUGGUGUUUUUUUUGUCCUGUGGAGGCUCCUGAGCUGCAGCACUUGUCCAUCACUUGUUGUGUACCCAGCUUGUUAGUGCUUUUGCUAAAACAUGUCCUUCUCUGGUGUUGUGUUAGAACAGCCUCAGGGUUUCCGCUCUGUCCUUUCCUUCUGUUCAAGCUCAGACUCAUAGUUUGAAUGUUCAUGAAUGAAAUGUUCCCCCAGGAUACAAACAUCUUCAACACAUACAGUCUGCUUUAAUCCUGUGGAUAUUUGGCCUGUGCUGAUGUUGAAAAAACUCAGACCCUCAGCAGAAAGUUUUAUGUCCAAUUCAUUUCAUGAUAUGAUGAAGAGCAACAAAGUUAGUCAGUAAGUUGAGUUGUUCACAUGCUAAAAAGAAAGAUCCUCAUUUUCAUUGGACCUCCUUUUCUUACCUCCCAGUUAUUUCUGAAGAUUCUUGAAUUUAAUGGUUUCCCUCUUAUGCCUUUCAAAUCUUUGACGUUGUAGCUUCACUAACGUUUUUUUCUUUUUGCCGGUAUUUCAGCUGACUAUAUAUUUAGUAGUUCUGUCACAGUGACACCUGUUUUUUCACUGUAUGCCAAUCUGUUUUUAUUUGGAUUCAGAACAUUGAAUGGCCAUCAGAUAUUAUGUCCCCGUCCAUUUAUGAAAUUAGUGUUUCAUACAUCAGUGUAGCGGAAAUAGGUAAUGUGUCUUCUCAGCAUGUUACCAUCGAUUAUUACCCCUAUUUAUUUACUGCGGGAAAAAAGGGUCUGUCUUCUCUUUCUGUCCUUCCUCAUUCUUAUCUAUGUCCCAUUUUUUAUCUACAGUAUGCUUUCCCUAAACGUUGAUUUUAUGACUGUAUUUUUCAGAGCGCUGGAGACCAACAAAUACAACCACAUUACAGCCACGUAUUACCUGCUAGCUGAGAGGAUCCUGAGGGAAAAGCAAGAAAAGGAAGUCCAGACCCGCUCCUCCAGCCCCAGCAACAUCAAGGCACACUUCAGGUACAGCAAAACAUUAAGACCAAUAACAGGGUGCAGUGUCACAGCAUGAAAAGGUAGUGGUUAUGUGAUGAGGCCUGUGCAGAUUUACUGUCUUGAAGCAGAGCGUGAGUUAGAAAUAUCACUGCUCAUCAUCAUAAUGACUAUCUGAGUCAUAAUCUGAGCUCAAAAGAGGCUAAUUGACCUCUCUCGCUCCACUGGCCCACACUGCGGCCCUUCUGGCUCCACUUAGCUUACCCAUAGUUACACAAGACUGUGCCACUCCUCCAAAGGUUUCAUUUCCAUUUCUGGUGGGGGGUUCAGUGGGCCUUAAGGAGAGCAAAAUCAAGGAGAGUGGAGUUGACACCAACAGAUCCACAGUAUUUUCAAACUUGGCCCUGAGAUGUAUUAACACUGAGUUACUCGAUUACAGCCUGAAAGUAGAAGCUGGGAAAACAAAAUCCCAUCAUGUUUGUGUUCAUGACAACGUCAAGGGGCUCAUACUACACAGUCAAUUUCAUAAUCCUGUGUCUGGAUUGUUUUGAACUACUGCCUCUGACUGCUCAAGGCUGGAAAGAGCUCAGUGUGAUGACCUGCAUACCAGGUAACAGGGAGGGUUGUCAUGAUACCUAAAUUGUACCCAUCUGAUGUUGCCAGUCAAAAUCAGCCUGUUUUUAUACUGAAAAUAGACUCCUGGAACUCCUGGGCACCAAACUGGAUAUCUGAGACCCAUACUAUUUCAGAUUUUUGACCUGCAUUCAGUGCUACUCCAGAAGGUUACUGAACAUGGACUGAUAUUUGACAUACUGUUAACAGUUAGAAAAAAACUUCUCCUGAAGAAUCAUCACUGAAAAGCCAGGAGAAGUGUGUAGUUGUGUGUGUUAUCUGCACUUAAUUUGCACUUUGCAGUGAUUUUACUAACAUGGUCAUAUUGUGGAUGUCAGUCAUCAUGCAGUGCAGUGUUACAAUGCUUCCUGUCAACAGUCCUCAGGUUGUGACAGAUAAUGAAUGUGUAGAGAUAAGGUGACAUCUCUCUCUCUCCCUUUCUCCGCCUUUGCUGGUGUUAGAAAUCAUACUUCAAAUCUCUUGUCUUCUUGAGCUUUGGUUCCUUUUGAUGUAGUACAUAAAAAUGACUGACAUGUAACGUUACUCCUCUACUCUAUUAAAGGGUGCUCAAACAUCAUGGUCAGAUUUGCUCUGUGAAUCUGUUUUCAUGCUCAGUCAGGACAGUCUGCCACAGGAGGAGGUACACUACAGGCCAAAAGUUUGGAAGCAAGGCCAUUACAGGCCGAACAGUUUUUGUUCAUAAUGCUUUUUUUUAAAAUCCAGCAUGAGUUUUAUGUAUUUUGGGAUGUAUUUACUCCAUGAUCAGAUGUUGCUUUCAUGGAAAUGCACCAUUUUACUCCAUUUACCUUUAGAUAUACAUUGAUGUUAACAGACCAUUGCUAAAUAUAUGUCAGCAAAAGAUAAUAAGGGCUUAGUUUUAGGGUUGAAAACAUUUGCAAGAGUCACAACUUCAGUGCAAAAGCAAAAAAAUAAAUAACAGUUGGAUUAAUUACUUCAACUUUUUAGCUUUUGAGAGUCUGCAUACAAAAAUCCUAAUAAAUCUCAACUGUGUUCAAACUACCACAAAAAUGGCUAGAAAGAAGCAACUGAGUAAAGAAACAAAAGUACAGAUGUGUACAUUGGGGAAAGAAGGAUACACAGAAAGAGAAAUUGCAAAAUGCCUAAAGGUGUUUAACAAAGGAGUCCACUAUACUCUGAAGAGACUAGAGGAACCUGGAAGUUAUGAUGAUAGAAAAAGACCUGGACAAAAGAGAGUUACUACAAAAGCAGAGGAUAAACAUAGCAUUGUCACCAGUAAGAGAGAUCGGCAAAAAACAGCACCAAAAAUAAGGGAGGAAAUCAACAUGACAAGGUAGAAACUCAUAUCGCUGACAACCGUGAAAUGACGUUUGAGAAAGGCUGGUCUGAAGGGGUGUAUCUGCAAAAAAACACUACUUCAUCCACAGAACAAGAAAAAGAGAUAUGAGUGGGCAAAAGCUCACAAAAAUUGGACUUAUGAUGACUAGAAACAAGUUUGCACUGUUUGGUUCAAAACGCAGAGUCUAUUUUCGCAGACAAACUGGUGAACGUCUGAAAGCACCAUGUGUUACACCCAAUAUUAAGCAUGGAGGUGGUAGUUCCAUGGUAUGGGGAUGUUUUGCAGGUGAUGGAGUAGGAGAUUUGUUUGAAGUAAAGAGUAUCAUAAAGAAGGAACAGUACCACUCCAUCCUCCAGCACCAUGCUGCUCCAUCUCGACUCAGACUUGUGGCUCAUAAGUUUGUUUUGCAGCAAGACAAUGACCCUAAGCACUCUGCCAAGCUCUGUCAGGGUUACCUAGACAAAAAAGAAGAGGAAGGUGUUCUUCAAAAGUGGUUUGGCCCCCUCAGUCUCCAGACCUUUCUCCAGUUGAGCUUGUGUGGGAUGAAUUGGAUCGAUCAGUCAGAAAAACAUGUCCCACAAACCAGCAGUCUCUUUUUAAUGAACUUAAGAAAGCUUGGAAUGCAAUCCCUGGAACAUACCUUAAAAAACUUGUGGAACCAAUGCCUGGUAUAUGCCAGGCUGUUGUUGAAGCCAGAGGAGGUUACUUUAAAGAAAGCAAAGUCUAAGCAACAAUAACUCAAAUACCCAAUAAUUAUAGUCAAAAUGUCUUCUGAUAAGUUACUCUUUACAAAAUAGUCAUGUUUAUUGUUGCAAAUUAUAUAUAUGAAACUAUGAUCUUUUUUUGUACAAAUCUGAUCUUGCUUCCAAACUUUUGGCCUGUAGUGUAGAUUGUUCAUCUGUCGUUUCCAUGGAGUUAAAAUCAAUCACAGCUGAUGCAUUUUCAGAACAACAGGUGAAUCUUAACGCUGAUUGGAGUUUGCAGUAUGUUGUCAAACUUGAUUUUUUUUCUUGUAUACCAGUUUGUAGGCUUUGAAUCCUUGCAUUCACUUAGUCUGUCAUUGUGCAGUAUGAAAUGUCUUUUCUCUGGUACCUUAAAUAUCAGCUGACUGAACUGUUUUAAUUAUUCCCUUACAAUAAAGAAGAAAGUGGCAAAUAUUGGACACAAGCCUCAGAAGAGAAACUCUAGUUUAUCCCUUUGGCUGUUGAAGUAUUUCCUCUUUGAUUCGUAACCAACACUGUCUUCUUAUAAGGAAGACAAGAGCUGGACAGUGUAUAGACAUAAAAGGAAGAGCAGCAACAGUGAGGAACAAAUAAGGAAGAAAGAAGUGAGGGAGGCUUCAGCAGGACAGCUGGCAAAACUCCAUGUACAUUCCUCUAUCUACUCGACAGAGGAUGUUAUUACUACAAGAAACCUUUAAAAUUAUGACGGCAGAGCUUUUUUUUUUUUUUUUUUUAAGAGAAGAGGUUUAUUUCUAUUCACCAAACCUUGAAAGAACAGGAAGGCUCAAGAGUUUAAUGAUGCUGCUGAUGUUCAGGGCAGCACCCAACAAAGGCAUCCUAGUGCUGCUCCUUCUGGUACAGGGCAAAGCAAGAGAGGAAACAUGGGUCAGUAUACAAACAGUAUGAUCGUAGCAACACUGCAGAUAUGCUGAUGUCUAGGCCUCUGUGAUACCUGCACCUUCCUGAAGCCAUGCUUGUACUUUCUGAAGUGCUCCUCCUCUCUGCUCCUCCGUGCUGGAGCAGAAGCCUGGUGAGAUGAAGCUUUCUCUCCUCCCCUGUGAUCCUUGACCUAAAGAUAGUGACCUAUGUGUGUAAGGGAGACCUAUGCCCAUCGGCUUAGACUGACCCACGUAAAAACUACAAGAUAUUUGUCAUCACAUCUGUGUUUUGGGACUGACACAUCAGCAGGUCACUGCUGGUGUGUUAAGUUAGUUUCUGAUUUCAAGAAUGACAUAUUGAACCAGUCAAAGUCUAUGUAUAGCACUUCAGUCCAGAAAAAACUGUGUGUCAGGUUAUUUAUUUCAAGUCAUCUCUCUUCUUUUCUGGACUGUCUCUCUCUUUGUUGAUUCAGUCUCAGGUGUUGGAGGACUAGUUUGUUUGCAUUAGAAAUGUGGUUGCAGAUGUUGGCUGGAGUCAGUGAGGUGUUCAUGUAUCUGUUAAACUCACAGCAGUGCCUUCCAUGGGGUUAAUUGUUUUCUGUGUGCUCUCAGGGAAUCACUCAGCCUCAUGUUAUUUCUCAGCUUUGUCUUUUUAAUGGGAAAAAGUCUGACAGUUCUGAACAGCAUGUGUUUGUAAAAAGAUCUGAAAGUGAUGGUGUCAUUAUGGGUUCAUCACUACAGCAUAUACGGCAUUGUCAUAGAUCUCUUGGGUUUUGUACAUUAAAUAUGUGUAAAAUAAUUAUAUUUAGAGCUGAAUUUCACAAGCUGAACAGCUUUUCAUGUGAAUAUGUUAAUGUUGUCUCAUUAUUUCAUGUGUGUUAAUCGAGGAGUUUCUUUUUCAAUACCAUGGUGCAUGGUGACACUUUGGACCUUACUCAGAGGUUGGAGGGGGUUGACAUGCAUUAAAUGGUCACAACCAGGUAUAAAACCAUUGAGGACUCUAACCUCUGUGUAUUGGGUGCACAGACUAUGAACAGAGCUAAACCAACAUCCCACAAAACCUAUUUGACAGAGCAAAAAUAUCAAAUGUGUCAAAGUGAAAAAAGAGGUCACAUUUUCGUAAAUGUUCCUCAAACAGUCUAAGCAAAAGAACAUUGGUCUUGGUGUGUUGCAAGAUAGUCACAUAACUUGCAAACUAACACCCCACCUCCACCCCGAAAAAACAUAAAUAAAACACCGUAGAGGUCAUGUCUCUUUACUUAAUGUGUCUGAUUGUGUUGCUUUUUUCACACAUGUUCCAAAUACUCAUGAGGUGGAAUAUCAUAUUGUGUCGGCUCCUAUUUCAACUCUCACUGUUUUGAUAUUUUCCUUCACCUUUGAUUUUGGUUUUUGUUUGUACACAGUCACGGGAGAUUGAACAUUGACUGUCUUUGGUUAAGUAACUCCUAGACUAAUGCUGGUCAUUGAGCUGCUGGGUUUCAAUCUCCGUCCACAGAGUGACUAUGGCAAGUCUAGGCUGACUGUACUGAACUGGUGAAUCAUUGACUUUUGAUAGAUAGAGGAAGUGUGUGUCAGCUAACAGUAAAACACUGUGUGGCUUCUGCAUGAGUUGAUGAUGGCACUGAUCACUGACUCAGAGUGGGUAUGGACAUAAUGACCUGUAAUCAGUGUCAGUGAUGUAUGCUUGAGGAAGUUAAGAGUCCAGAUACGGUACAUGACUCCUUAGUGCUGGAGAUUGAUGGAUUCAUACUUGGUGGGUCAGAAGCACAGAGUAAUGCAUUUACAUUGUAUCAGUGGAAUAACUUCUUCACAGCAUCAGCUCUGAAGUAGACUGUAAUCUCCCCCCUCCUUCCUGCUCCCUUGCUAGCCACCUGUAUCUGUCUGCAUCAUUGACCAUGUCUAAAUCUGAGAGGCUUUUUUACUAGCUGAUUACAUAGCAUGUUACUUGAGGAGCUGAGACACUGGCUCUGAGUGAAAGCCAAGCAGUUCCUGCCAAAAGUGUUUUGAAAGAAUUCAGUGUUAAAUUCCCCUGCGUUAUCUCCACAGGCAGUCAUGGCCAACCAGAGUGGACAUGCACCAGGAUAUAGAGGACAGUCUGGCUGCCUCCUCUAUCUCUCACGCCGGAGGCCCCCAGUCGCCAGCCCGCAGCGCAGAGAACCUGCUCAACGGACAUCGUACGAAAGGCAUGAUGGAGCUGGGCCGACGAGAGGAAACAACAGUGACUGACUCUGCAGGACUGCCCCCACAGGUACACUCAUCCUUAUCACACCUGGACACUUCCUCUCCUGCCUGUUGGAAAAUCUGAGAGGAAUUUGGCUGUUUGUCUCAUGAUUACUGAAUCCUGAAUGUAUGGAUGUACGAAUGUGCCACCCUGUUUCAUUCUAUUGUAAUGCCUCUAGCUGCUCUUUUUAUGGUUUGAUCAUUUAGACCUCCACACAGGUGUUAGGCUUAGCUGAGAGCUCAUUGUGUUUACACUGUUUGUCUGAUUUCCAGUCUCAUUAAUCUUCGUAACACCUGAAGGGAUUUUUUAAAUCUGGUCUAUUUUGAUCAUUUCUCUGUCUAUAAAAUGAUGCCAAUAGUGACCCCUCAAGAUCCUGCUUGAUCGUCUCUGAUAUGAAGACCUGCUGGUGUCACAUAGACUGGAGAAGAACACACACUGAUAGAAAAAUGUCCUCUGGCAUUAUGUCACUCUUGUAAUUAAUACUAGUACAUCUUACUUUGUUUUGUUGUGUAAAACAACCUUAUAGAUUGGGUCACCACAUCAAAUGUUGAUAACAGAAUUGGAUGGUUUGUCAAUCAUUGAAAUCCCAUAUUUCACUGAAAAUAGCAUAAACACACACAAAAAGACAGACUGAAUAACCUCACCGUUUCAUGAAGACGAUAUGCUGACUCACAGUUUGAUGCCAGUAAGAUGUUUCAAAACAGUUGGGAGAAGUGCAUGGUGACCAUCGUUUUGCAUUAUCUCUCCUUUUAACAACAGUCUGUUAACAGGAGAGAACCAAGCAGAGCAGUUUCUGGAGUUUUCAAAGUAAAAUCUGUUCUGGUCUGAGAGAAGAUCUCAGCUGCUCAACAAUUGAGGCUCUCCUUUGCUGCAUUUUUUGUGUCAUGAUGUUCCAGAUGUUUCCAAAAGGAAGGAAGUCAAUACUGCAGGCCGACUACACUCUGUUAUAACUGAGCCAUGAUGCUGUAAGACAUGCAACCUAUUAUCUUGCUGUUGUAUGCAAGGUCUUCCCUGACAUGAAGACAUUGUCUGGAUGCAGCAUGUGUCGCUCCUGAAAUAUUCAGUGUUAAUGGUCCCUUCACAGAUGUACAAUGAUGCCAUGGCCACUUUUGCUUUCUUAUAAUGAAUGCUGGCUUUGGGACUGUGCAAUGGCCAUAAAUCAGCAGCUUCCUCCUCCUUAAACAGUAGAGGAUGUGCUGUCUAUAAUUUCUAGAGGUGGGUGCAAUUCAUCGAUGUGUAUAUGCUUCACAUGACGAUUCGGCACCAAUACUUAAAAUAAAUAGAUAAAUAAUAACGUUGAUGCUUUGCCGCAAGGCUGAAACAAAAAAACAACAACACAUAACCGGAACCAUAACAUGCGCAGGUUGCAGGUAAUACCUGGACUGUUUAGUGAGUGGGACCGCAACAAACAGAGCACGUUAGUUUCUUUGCAAAAUGGCAACAGUCUCAGCAGCCUCCAAAGAGUGGCUGAUUCUCUCGUUACAGGGAUUGACUGCAACAGUGUGGAAGAACUUUGGAUUUUAUGAGAGAGCAAACAAGAUGACAGACAAGAUCUACUCAAGAUUUGCAAAGCAAAAAUAAAGUACCUCAGCAACACCACAAACAUGAGGCAGCACCUUGUACGCUUUCAUCCUGAACAUAGACUGUAUGUAGAAUGGACAGCGUCUGCCUCCUUGUUGGGUGAAGCCACUCCGAGAACAGCACCCUCUGUUGAUGGGCUACAGUAUAGGUCAUAAAUCCAGCAAAGCUUAUGGAGCUGUGGACCAACUUUAGAAAUUUAUUACACAGAACAUAAAUUUUUCUCCCCCCUGGUUGUGAUGUUGACAUGUACUUACAGUAAGACUGGUUUGUGCUCAAGUCCUCUUUUUUUUGUGAAGCUCCGUUUUUAAAAGUUAUUUGGGGGUUCAUGUUUGCUAUGAUUGACACCUGAUACAGCCUAUGGGCGUUCAGGGAGGGAGUAGCUCUCCCGGGGGAUACGCUGUUUGAGCCGAGCGUCAUCACAGCGACUCUCCUGUGGAAUGCGCACAACACUACUGCGCAGCGCCAGUUUCAGGAAAUGAAGAAAAAUCCCGGAAAUACUGAGAGCUUUUUGGCUUCAAAUCCGUAUACAAGCAGGAGGCGGAACCAAGUUGUCCAUAGUAUAUACAGUCUAUGAUCCUGAACCAGAGAAGGUUCCUCCGGUCAUGCCCACUACAUAGAGGACCUUCCUGGAGUCUGUCUCCAAACUUCCCAGUUUAAGUUAAGUAGGUCAAAGUGCAAAUGUUUACAUAACAGUCAUACAGUCAUACAAUAAAAUAUUUUGUGUCUUUGAAAAAUACAAGUCAAAUGUUCAAAAAAACCCUUUUAUUGACUUAUUAAGUCUAGUUUUAGAGGAACUGAGUUAAAGGUGGGGUAGGCAGGAUCUGAGGAAGUGCCAGUUUUUGGGAGAAAUCUUGAAUGUAAACUCUACCCCUCCCAACCAGUUUUCCCCUCAGCUCCUCCUCUCCCCUCCCUCUCUGCUCCAGCAAGCCCCGCCCACAAACAGACGCUCCUGCUCGCUUGUAUCAUUUCAAUUAAAUUCAGAUAUAAUGCAGAUAAAAACUUCAGAUAAUUACAAAUGGGGCCCAGUCAACAUGAAAGUAAAAAGCAUUGGUGCUACUGUAGAUGCCAACAGACUACCAGCAAACACAAUGUUUGCAGGACUUCUACAACUAGGAUAAAGUGACAUACUCCAGGACCCGAGGUCAACAGUUUAUCUGCAUGACAACACGCAUCAGGUCCCGUUUGACAAGAAACACUUCUGUCACAGACACUUAGCUUACUUUGUUUAGCGGUUUACCUGUCCAGCUGAAAAGUUUAAGCGUUCGUAAGAUCCCGAAGCCUCCCCCAUCGUUUAUGCUGAUGUUGACCUGGCUUCUUUUUAAGCCCCCGUUAUUCUGCCAGAGUCUCCGGUAUUUAAUUUGUUUUACUGCUCAUGUUUUCCUUACUUUCUGGUUGGUUUCUAAUGAGGAUGUGGAGCGUGCCUCACAACAUGUGGGAGCAGUGUCUGCCUCACAACCAAUCAGCACUAAGGAGCAACGUUCACCUCACAACCAAUCAAGUCAAGGAGGUGGAGAAUGGCUUUGUUUACAGUCAGAAUAAGCGGGCCGCUCAAAAAAUUUAAAAUGUUGACUACACAGACGUAAGAGAAGACAGCGAUAUUGUGAUAUUCCCAAAUUUCAUCAAUAACUAAUAACUAUUGACUGAUAUUAAAAGCUUUUUUGUGUAAACACCACAAAAAAAAGCUUCUUUAACAGAAUCCUGCCUACCCCACCUGUAAUUGAUAGGUUAUUUAGGGUUUUUAGUUUUGAUACACACUUACCCUCCUGUCUGCCCACACUUUCACUCUUGGUCUUCAGGAAGCUCUGGUGAAUGAAACUACCCUGGCUGACAAGUGACAGCAAAGGAGCUCAAGACUUUACUCCAUGUUUAUGUUUUUUCAUUAUUACAGGGGGCCUGUGCAGCUGCCUCAGGUCCUGCUCCUGGGUCCGGUCCUGGAACCAUCAGAGCCCCUCCACCACCUACUUCAGCAGCAACCAAGCAGCGAACCUGCCUGUUCAGGUCAGACAUAUUCCUUUUGAGUUAAAGUGCAAUAGUGCUCACCUUGACUAAAGUAAAAGUGACUUUCUCUGUUAUCUUACAUCUGAGCGCCAUAAAUCCUUCAUAAAGCAACAGUAAGAUUCCACAGUGAUGACAAUACAAGAUAGUUCAAGUUAGGGCAGGACCCUAAUAUAUCAACAACAUUUUGAGUUGAAUUAUGACUCCAGUUUUAUAGUUUUAUCACUGUUAUUUUUCAUGACCAUUUUGAAAGUUAAUGAUGAGUACAGCCAAGCCAGUGUCAUAUGCUUUAUGCUAGCUUGUCAAGCUAGCCUAGUACGCAGGUUUUCAUUUGGUAAUAAAUGUCAGUCACUUCCUGCAAAUCCUAAAAUCACAGUUUGAUUCUGCAUGACUCUUGACUAGAGUGAACAUUUUCAACACAAUCCCAACUCAGAUCUUGGUUGGAAUUAUCAUUGUUUUAAAUAGGAAAUUGGUGUUCUUUACUGUCUUUGCUGGACACCUCAUGUGUAAUCUGACUGGAAGACACAGUCUGCUGCUGAGCACUGAGGACUCGGAGGGAAACCUUUGACAUGUGAACCUUGAUUUCAGAGCUCAUCAUGCUCAGCCCAAUCAUGCAGUGGAUUCACUCAUUGUGGCAGACAGUUUAGCGCUCACUCAGUGCAGUAUGAACAGAGUCACUACUGUCUGUGUGUGAGUGUCAGUUGAGUGUGUGAUCCAGCUGAUCCAGCACACCUCUAGCUGCAGUCUUUGGUGGUGCUGUUGUUCUCAUCUGUGAAUAAAUAGUUUUCAUGUGUUUUUAGAGUGGAGGAGGAUGAAGAGGAGGAGGACGAACAGGACCCGUCUCCCCUCCCCACCCAGGUCAUCCUGCGGCGUAAGCCUCCAUCCAUCACCAACCGCCUUACCUCCAGGAAAAGUGCCCCUGUGCUCAACCAAAUCUUUGAAGAGGAGGGGGAGUCAGAUGAUGACUUUGACAUGGAUGAAGGUCUGCCACCAAAACUCUCCCGUCUCAAGAUGAACAUGGCCGGGAACUCUGGCAACCUGAGCUCCGGUGCCGGCUCCUCCUCAUCCCCUGGGUCCACACAGAAGCGCUACCACCGCCGCAAGAGCCAGGGAAGGGGGUCAUCGUGUUCCAGCUCAGAAACAAGCGACGAUGACUCAGAAAGCCACCGGAGACGUCUGGACAAAGACUCGAGUUUUGGUUACGGCUGGAACAGAAGGGACAGCAGUGAGGGGCCACCCGGCAGCUCAGGGGGCAACGGGGGAGGCAGCAGCUCAGGCCAAAGUAAACCUCCUGGAGAGGGGGGAGGGGGCUCUGGACCUGACAGAGGGAGUCCCCCAGGAGGAGGUGAGAAUGGAGGAGGUGAUGGUGGUGGAGGGGGGAGUGGGGGAGGCGGGGGGAGUAAUAAAGGACAAGACAGCCCCUCCAGUUGUUGUAACAACAGCAGCACCAACAACCCCUCCCUUAAUUCAACAUCCCGCUCUUCUCGCACCUCCAGCCGCAGUACUGAGCUGGUGGAGAGCCUAAAACUCAUGAGUCUGUGCCUCAGCUCCCAGCUGCAGCAUCACCGAGGGGGGCGAGGUAGUCGAGGGGCAGGAGGAGGAGGAGGGGGCAAGCUCAUCAUUGACCCUAACAGCCUCUCAGGGGGGAGCGUUAAAAUCCAGGAGAAAUCAGCCUGGAGGAUGUGCAUCGGCUCCACUGGGAGCCUGGACACCAUCACCCUCCCCACUACAAACCUGCCUCGGACCCACUCCGCCCCGCACCAUCAACGCAAAACAGCCACACACGGCCCUUGCAGCCCUCCAGGCGGGAGGGACGCUCACAGCAACCUGAGCGCUUUGAAAAACGGUGUGCUCCAACUACCUCUGUGUGAGAAGACCAUCUCCGUCAACAUCCAGCGAGGUGGGGGCUCUAGAGAUGGACUGCUCUGUACCUCUGCCCCCGCCAGCUGCUGCCAGGUCAUCUAAGGCUCCAACCAGCUCGACUCCAUCUUCUUUCCUACUCCCUCCAUGUUCUCCUCUCUGUCCAUCCUCAUAGUCAGAUUCUCAAAGCCCUCUGUUCUCUUCUUUUGGUGUUUACCUGCAGCAGGUAUCUGACCUCAUCUCUCUGUCAGCACACCUGCUCCCUGCUGCUGCUGCUGCUGCUGCCUCAGUUCCAUUUUACCCGUCACUUUCUUUGAUCUGCUUCUCUUACUUUGCACGCUAAGCAUCAUUUUAAUCCGUUUCCCCCCCAAAUGACUUGAAAAAUAGUGUAACUUCUAUUUUACUAUCAGAGUCAACGUGCUUUAUUAACACUUUUUUAACUGGUUUGAAGGAAACUUGACAGGAGAAGGGAAACGGGAGCAAAUGUGUACUCUCGGAGGACAAAUGCUUCAAGACCGGUGUUAUGAAUGAGCACAAGGUCCAAAGUUUAAAGGAACGGUUUACAUCAGGAGAAAGUCAAACACAUUUCUAGUUGUAGCUCAAGUUUCAACUCUACGGUGUCAUAUUUUGAGAGUAUAAUCAAAACAACCUUUUGAAACUUUAAAAAAAAUAAAAACAGAAAUGAUUCAGUCAUACACACAGUUUAUUAUGGUCACAAAACAUUUAAGAUUUGUAGACUAAAGUGAUAAAUUAGCUGGUGUGUAUACCAGGCUGAUUACCACUCAAGUCCGUUUUAUUAGAACAUCAGCACAUCAGGACAAAAUUCUGAGCAGGACACUUGUGGGGUUUUUUUGUGUGUUUUUUUUCACUGGCUGACAAAGUGCUGAAUUGAGUUGAACGACCUUCAUUAUUUGUUUGGAAGAUGUGUGUAAAAAUGCACUGACAUUAGCAGCCAUGUUUCUCUAGUAUCUUUAAAAUGAAUCCUAGCCUGAAAAACUUUGUAUUGCUGGUGUUUACACAUCUCACAUAGAUUAGACCCAACUUUCAAAGGUCCAUAAAUCCAUACUUAUUUAUCAUCUUUUGAGCCUUUCUACUAUUGGUUGAAAUUAUUUCUGAUUUUCUCUAAAAUAAUGUCUCAACCCUCUGAUUUUCCUUUGAAAACAGACUUUUCAAAGUUUCGAAAUCAUCUUCUCUAACAGCCUAACUAUCUUUAAGGUUUGUUUGAACAAAAGUGUGACUUUUUAAUCUUCAAAUAAUAGGUUUUUGACUCUGAGCAGCUGUCUGUCUGUCUGUACAGUGUCAUGCUGGGCAGCUGUUGGUUGUAAAGCAGAGUGGUUCAGACAGCCAUGAGGACAGUGUGAGUGCUGAGCUGAAGCAGACAGCUGACAGGAGCAGGAAAGAGCAGCUCUCCAUGUUCAUCCAGACAAAAACACUCCCACCACCCUCCACCUCUGACCCCUGCUCCCCCUCACUGUUACCCAUCAGGUGGAUGAGAGCCUGGAUCACAUGUGUGUGUUUUUGACACUGUUAACAAGCUUUUCAUUUAGUCUCAGUCUGAACUCCAUUUUGCACUCAGACAAUCUAUUUUAUGUUGUUUUACGAUUUUUAAAGCUAAUUUCUACUGGUAUGAAUUCAGCUUUUUUGUACUAACAACUGCAACAUCUCUGUUUUCUGUCCAAACCCUUUAAAUUUGGAAAGUGUCUUUAUCAGGCAGUUUUGGCAUUAGAAGUGGGACAGAAACUUAUGUUUUAUCAAGCUGUGUGCGUGUGUGCGCGCGUGUGUGUGUGUGUGCGGCACUCCUCUGCAGCAGCAGACUGGUGAGGAUAUUUUCGUACUGUAGCAUUGUAAUGCUAAUCACCUACAGGUUUGAAUAUGUUACUGCUGACCAUGUAUUUAAAAUGUUAUUUUUUUAUUCAUAACUCAAUAAGUUGCUGAUUGAAACUCAAGUUGUCACGCCAUUGAUAUUGAAAACCUCUGCUGGCUUCUUGUCGGCCCACCUGCACCCACAUGUCACCCAAAGCUUUCUGCACAUGUGGGUGCAGUGUUUGGGCUCAUGUAUGGAGUAUGUACAUACAGUAUGUGGAAAAGUAAAGUUUAUUUUUCAAACUUGUACAUUUUGGGAGUGACCUGCUGUUUGAAAACUUCGACAGGGGCGUCCGAGGAGUUUUAUUGAGCUCUCAUGAAAAAAAAAAGCUCCUUAAAAGCUUUGAAGCGGCCAGCCAAGAGAGGAAGAAGUGGAAGAAAGGACUGAGGAAUUCAUUUAGGGCAUUGGCAAUAAGCUAUAUGUGUGUUGCAGCUAUCUGUACAGAAACUUUCUUUUGAUUUUUUUUGUCUUAUUUUUUAAGGAAUUCCUUUUAAUGGCCAUAUUGGACUGACAAAAAGGAAAGCCAUGUUUGAAAUCUGUUCCUCUUUGGUUGUUGUCUGAGUGUUCUUUUGAAAACCUGUAAAUACGGAUGUAAAUAUGGUGCUCUUUCUCUAGAACAGCCGAGUGAACCCUUUGGUGCAUAGCUGUACAGUAAUAGCCUUAUAAAAAUAAUAAUAAUGAUAAUUAUAACAAUAGUAAUACUGUAUGAGUGUCUCAGCUAAAAAUAGCGCCGUGUGAGAAAACAGCACGGCUCUCUUCAUACUGUCAGGUCUCUUUGACUGUCGUCUUACUCAGCUGUAUCCAGGUGAAUGACGUGCAUGUGUUUCAAUGUUUGACAUUCAGUGACACACAGGAGAGAGAAUAAUCAGCCACAGAAAUGUUACUGGACCAAAAAAAACAAACAAAUAAAAAAUGUAAAAAAAAAAACACAGAAGAAGAAAAAAAAAAGAGGAGCUGAAACUGACAGAUAUUCAGUGUAUUAUUCUGUAGUUGAUACCUGUUGUCAGAAGUUACAUAUAGCUAUGGUAAUAUCCAAAAAUAAAAUGUGGAAUACUGUCUCAUAUCUGGAGCCUUGAUUUCUUUUUAUUCCUGCAUUGAUUGAAUUUGUGUGAUCUUUGUCUUAAUCAGACUUACUCACUGAAAAACACCAGUUUUGCAGAGAAACUGACCACAGUGGGAGCAGCAUCUGGAGGACAGCUGCAUUAUUUAUUGUUUGCUAUGUAAAAAAAGAUGAAAACAAUGACCUAAAAAAACCCAGAGUGCAUCUUUAUUUUUACUGCAGCCCCACUCCAAAGAAAUGUUUAGACACUAAAAAGUUGAGAGCAGAAUGAAUGUGAAGAAAAACAUACAAGAGUUUGAAUGGGAUAUAAGAAAUGAAAAAAGCACUGAAAGAGUGAAAUCCUUCAACACCAAAAUAACAUGGAAGUGAUGAGGGUGAUGUGCACCAAGUGACUCACAUGACAGGGACAGUUAAAAGAGGCGGAGUCUUACAGAGGAUGUUUCCCUCAGUGGAAAUGGUCAUGAGUGUGAGUGUCUGAUUUUGAGGAUUGUAUCACCUACAGAGUAUUUUUAGUUGAAAGAUCGUAUCCAGUGUACUUUAUAAGGACAUGACUGAAACCAAUACUGAAUCACUUUAACCUUCUGAUCACAUCAGCAGACAUGAUUCUGUCGUAUUGCUUCCAAGAACCUUUGGGACUCAGUUUGUUGCUGCAUCCACUCAUGUGGGUUGGCUGUCCUUUGGUCUGCCUCCUCAUAAUUUGAAGUCAUGGACACUGACUGCAUCCCCUGCCCCACAGAAGGGAGAAAAACCAGAAACAGCCAGCAUUCAUGAAGGUAUGGCUAACUUUCACACAACAUAGAGAGGUUUUGGAGUAACCUGCAUACAGGUGAUGACUUUCUCAGGGAAGAAUGACCAUUGACCAGCAUGGCUAUGCAGGAAUAGAGUGUGAGUGCUAAACUGGCCUGCCUGCAAUCCUAACUUGUAUCAAAUUUUAAAACUUUUGGAGUAUUAUGAUGUAGAUUAUAAGAUAAAGGUGACACAAACUACUGAGCAGCUGAAAGCCUCUAAUCAUACAAGACCUAAACAACAUUGAACUUUUUAAACUCCCCAAAGUGCUCCCACAUCUACAGUGUUUUCAGAAGGAGAGGUGAUGCAGCACAGUAAUAAACCUUGUCCCAACAAAAAAGUGCAUCUAUUUUCUGUGAAACAAUCUCAUUUUUAACAUUUGACACAUUAUGUUCAGUAUAUAUAGUUUGAUUUGCAAGACAGCAAAUUCUGAAAUUCAGUUUCUGUGAAAGUUUUAUGCGGUGCCACAACUCUGGAACUGAGGUUGAAGUAUGUAAUCAAGCUGCCACUAAAUGUCUGAAAGUUUCCCUUUUGACAGAAAGAUUAGCUCUAUCAUUAAAUCAGAACCUUGUUAGUGUCUCCCUGAUCAAUGUCAGCUCUGUAUGAAUUGACCUUUGAGAGUCUCUGGAUCCAUACCUGCUGAGGUGAGUAUCCUCGUUUUUUAAGGGCAUCAUUUUUGCUGUUCUCUCUCUGGUGUCGACUUUCACAGCAGGAGUUUUUUUUUUUUAAAGCUUCUGGAAACAAUUCAAUGAGUUAGAACUGGAGAAGCAAAGCUAAAGGAUGCUUAAAUCACAUAAUGUUCACAGGAUCUGCAUAGCAGGAUGGGUGCAACCUUUGACAAUAAAGCCAUUUGGCGCCUCACAGAUUCAGGUUCCUGCAACUUCAGCUCAGAGCUGUGUAAGAGAGGGAGAGAGUCAGCCAUGUGGGUUCGAAAUCUGAGGCUGGGAUCCAGCUCUCUCAAGGUGCUGAAAACACAGACUGUGUGAUUUACCGGUUAUACGACACGGAGGAGGUUUGACUUCAUGCUUGGCACACUCGCUCCAACACUCGAGUCACUUUGAAGCUUUCAGAGCAGAUGGCACACAAGCAGUUGAGUCAGAGGUGAUCUUUCUAUGAACUCACCUCUUGAUUUCCACAAACGACAAACACUGCAGCUCUUCAACAACCAGGAGCAGAGAGUGGACUGACUCAACACAAACACAUUCAAAACGCUGGACAUUGGUUUGGUUUCCUCUUUAUUGCAGAUAUAGACAGCUUCUUGGAGUCAUGUCAUGUCAGUACAGAGAGCCUCUUUUGUAGAGCGUAUAAAAACAAAUAUACAUCAAGGCUUUGCAAUUAAAGGCACAGGGGUGUAACAAGAGUGCAUGGUUUGACGUUAAGUCAAACUGAAGGAACUAACAGAUAAUGUUGCUACUUAUAUAUUAAUACCCUGUGUAUGUCACAUGCUGAGAUAAGACAGCCAAACAGAACCAGCACUUGUCCUUAUCUGUAUGGUAGAGCAGAAAAUACAAACAGCUCAACAUUUCAUAUUUAACACCUUUGAUUACUUUCUGUUGAGUUUUGACUAAUAUUUCACUUUAAAAACAGAGAUGGUGAGUUUGUACACUAGGGAGAAAUUCAAAGGUAAAAAAACUAAACAAAUUCCCUGUCUGUCCAAACUGUACUCGUAACUGUCUGUUUUCUAAAGCUAUUUCUAUUUUUCAUCUCCAAACUGUCCUCUGAUUCAUUGUGGCUAAACCAAAAACAGGGUUAAAGUGACUUGAAGGCUGUACUUUGAUACAAGAUGAUUUUGCUGCUCAAUCAGCAGCAGCUUUGGCCCUUUUUCUUUCCUUUAUUUUUAACUAUGUAAGCCCACAUAAACCAUCCUUAUGAAGAAAAAUAAAAAACAAGCUGAACACCCACUCCAGCUGUCAGCAGCUCAGCUGGCAGCCCCUCCUAACAUAGACUGUAUUUUAAAUUGAACCUUCUAAGUGUCCACAGAGUCUAUAAAGCCCCCAAAAUGACAACUGCCCCCUCUGAUCGGCUGUGGUGAAGCACCUUCUACUAGGUGGCCCUUCUCAGAUGUUUUGGUGUCUGCUAAGGGCAGCUUUGACCGCAGCACAUCCUCCUCCAUCACCACUCUAUUUAUUCACCAAAGUCAAGAGUGCCGUUCAAUGGUCAGGUAACAACCACAGUGGCCUCUGCUGGAUCACAUGACAAGAUGAGCCGAUGAGGCCCCACCAUCCCACCACCCCCUUCUGUGACAUUCAUUUCAGUGAGCAGUGACAGGAGUGUAAAUAUCACAGUAACAGUGGGUUUGAUUGAACAUGAAACUUUCUUUCCAGCUCUUGUCAGUUCAUUCAAGUGUUAGUGCUGUCUUUUUGACAGGAAAACUACAGAAACUUGUAAUGGUACAUUUUCAAAGUGAAAUAUUGAACACUAAUUUUACUCGGAUUAACAGUCACAUCCUUAGGUUACACAUACAGGUUUGUUGUCUGUUAUCAGCAGCUUUGAUACUGAGCGACAGAGAGUCUUAGAUAUUACAUUGUUAUGUCAGUGUGGAGGUUUUAUGGACUUGAGGAUCCUGGUAAUGAGUCUUUUCCUGGUUUUGAGGCUAUAGUGUUUACAUGCACAGAGACAAACCUGAUUACUCAUAUCCCUGUUUACAUGAUAACCACUUGUGUCCCAGUUUCUGAUCAUUGCAGUUUAUCUGUGCAGGCGCCCAUGGUGUUUAGUUCUUACAACUGCAGAUAACUGUGACCUUAGCAUAGUUCAAUGCCCACCCCACACUGCAGAUAUGGUAGUAACUCAGUUUCUUUAUGGUGCCAGAAAUAGGCUUUUGCUGCUGCUGCUGCUGCCAUAUUUGACUUACUGGCACAUCACUUGGCUGAGGCUGAGCCUGCACAGGUGUUCAGCAGGGGUCAGAACCCUGUGGAAUACUGUUGCAUGUGUGGAGCGUAUACAUGCCGCAAUAUCCACUUCUCCUUCAGUGUUCUCAAGGGAUAACAAACGGGUUCCUCUAAACCAGUUAGAAGGAAUUUUUUUCAGUUUUUGUAAUCCAGAUAUCAUUUCACACACACAAACACAGAGUGGGAUACUUCAAACAAAAAUGAUGACAACCAGGAUUCCCGAGUCCACAUGAGCGUAGUCAUUGAUAUUAAACUGAGUCUUUGGUGAAGUAUGCAUAAAUAUUGUUGAAACCGUCAUCCUGUGGAACCUGUAGAACUCAAUACCCGUCUUUGCUGUCAGGGUAUAAACCCUUCAAACUGUCGUAACCCCAAAACAACACAGUACAUAAGGACCCUGACCCAAAGAAACAAGAAGAAACUCCUUCCAUGAUCAGUCCCAGUAGAUCAUAAUACAGCAUCCGGAAGUAAGUCCAUCUAUAAAUCUAUCCCAUUUAAUCCUACUGAGUAUCCUCUCAGUCCACCACCUUAAAAGAAGACCUCGUUACAGUACACCUGGUUUAAAGACCAACAACAAAAACAAAAACAAAACAAAACAGGAAUUAGCUGCUAAUCUUCAGCUAAACGAACAGAAGCCACCAUCACCUCCUCAGGGAUUCAGACAAACUCCAAACACAACAGGUGGUUUGGUGAAAAU